CUCGGCUGCUGGACAAGGCGUAGCAUGUUGAACGACGACUGCAAUGCUAACGGAUACGACGAUUCAGAUUCAGUCAGUAUCGAACCGGCUUUCUACCCCAACGUUGGGGUCUUGGAUUUGGGACUUGGCAGCGAAAAAGUGUGGGGCCUACAAUAUGAAAGAGUGUAUAUUUUCUCGCGGAGUAAAUCAAAAGAGUGAAGUGGAAUCGUGAAUUUGCUGAAACAAGAAAAAACCUAAUUGGAAUCUUCUGUGAGAAUUUGUUCUUACCAAAACGACCCAAAGGCAGCGUCCGUUUCAGUGCGAAUUGUGUGAAGUUUUAUGGCCUAAAACGCAAAAGGCUGACGUGAUUAAAAAAUAAAAAAGAAGUGGCGUAUUUUUUGGCUUUUAAAAGAAUAAAAGUUGAUUUACGUGCUCCAGGAGGAGGAAGAGGAGGAGUAAGGAAAACUGAAGGCCAACCGCCGGGGGUUGGUUCGAAGGGAAAAAUCUUCCUGUGAAAAUCCAUGCCCGGAAUGAGUGUGCGUGUUGCGUGAGAAAAAUCAAUUUUGGUUCAUUUUGAACGCAAAGGAGAAAGAACGAAACAAGGGGCAGCCAAGAGACCGAAAGAAAAAAGGGCUUGUCCAAAUGAGAAUUUGCUAUAACGAAAGGAAUUCAACGAAAUCGAUGCUAUCAUGGCUGAUAGCACAGAUCCAGGCAAGGAUCCAACCAUAGAUGCGGGCGGAGGAGAAGGAGGUGCUGCUGACGCGCCUCCAAUCCCAGCUGUUCGGCGGCGUCGUGCGCAUGAGCACAAAUCCUCCUCGAGGGAGAACGUCGAGGAGCAGGAACAGCUGGAGACAUCCACAGUGACGCGAACGUACAUGAAGACCAUUACCACAUCCUUGACCACAUCGAGCAGCAAUCUAGAAGAGGAAUACGCAUCCAGCUGCAGCAGCAGCAACCAACGUUUGCGCCAGAAGGUGGCUCAAUACGAGAAGGUCUGGUCGGAGGGCCUGGCCAACACCGGGAAACGUACCGCCGAGGAGAGCUCCGAUGAACUACGGCAGGACUCGAACCAGGAUGAUGACCAGGAGAAUCCCUUCGACAUUGAUGUCCACGAAAUCGAGCGACGGUUGCGUUUGGAGCGACAGCGCGGUCUGGCCGAGGCGGAGGCAGCCAAGCUGGCCUUCCAGCAGGUCCAGCUGCGGCACACCACGCCCCCACCGCCGUCGUCGCUGCCCCGUCUGGUGGAGGUGACUAGCGAGCAGACAGCCAGUCCGUUUAACGUGACCUUGAGGACCACCAGUCGGAUGAGUCCCGGUGCCGAUCAGGGGAACGUAGAGGAGCAGCUGUCGCCCUUCAAUGUCACCCUCCGCACCACCAACACGCGACGGCACGCCAAGAAGGUGGAACUAGAGCGCUUCCUCGACGGCGAGCGAAUGGUGAGAGAGGUGCCUGCUGCAGACGGGGUAAGGACCAUCAUUACCUCCUCGAUGACCAGCGAUGGGGGCUACGCCGAGGAGAAAAUCUAUCGCCACGGCGAGGGAUAUGUCUCGCCGCGUGACUCACCCUCGUGGUCGCGCUCGCAUUCCAGUUACUCCGGCAGUGAGCGGUCCAGUGUGACGCCACCGCGGAGCGUGGACUUGACCGCCGGCGGCAGGAGGAUACUCAUUAAGCUGGAGAACGAAACCGAACUGGGAACCGAACUAAACGACGAGACAGAUUCAAGUGCAGCGAAUCGGCAGCAACACUUUGGUGGCAGACAGGACGCGGCCAUGGCAACGGGCAACAUUGACAUUACCGUUGGUAGCAGCAACCCCCGCAGGCGUUUGUACCAACAAACAACUGUCCAGGUGGGUGGCAACGUGGCAGCAGCGCCACAACAACAGCAACGUCCCCGGGAACUGGCCCUCGAAACAGGAGGAACGAAGAAGAAGACAAUGCCACUAACAUCCACGCCGAUUGGCACGAAGGAGCAACCGCAGGAGCGAAAGGCACACGGCACAACGCCGCCAAUCAGUCCAGCUGGAACGUGCCAAUUGCGUGGUUCUUCAGCGGAAGAGCAACGGAAAAUUGUAAGCCACAAAACGAUAACCACCACCAGCAGCAGCAGCAGCAGCACUACGAAAUCGAAAUCCUCGACCUCCUCCUCGUCCACGGCCACGUCCACGUCGCGCAAAUUAAUCGAAGAUUCGCCGUCUCCAUCGCAGUCGCAGGCCGUUGGCGAUAUCUCGUUUACCGCCUCGCAAAUACGUCUAAGUCGCGAUAACCUAUCGAACGCCGGCGAUAUUAUCGAUAACGAUUCCGAUACCGAGGGCAGACCGGCCAGCAGCAUUGUGAUUGUGUCCACACCCUCGCGAUCUGUGACCCCGUCAACGCCCAGCACCACUCCGCACACCCCACACGCCCCACACGCCCCACACACGACAGCAGCCCACGCUCUCAGCGGCAUUGGCACUUUCAGCAAGAGUCUGCGACAGGAUUAUCAGACUCAAGUACAGCAAAGUGGCAGCCGUGGCAGCAGCAGCAACGAAAACGAGUACCAGGAAUUCCAGUCCACAAUGGCGUCGAUCAAUUACGCCCGCAGCAAUUCCCAGUACGACAGUCAUAUCAAGGAGAAACGAGAGGAGCAAGAACGUGUGCAGAAGAAGACAUUCACUAAUUGGAUUAAUUCAUACCUACUGAAGCGUGUUCCACCGCUUCGUAUUGAUGAUUUAAUCAAUGAUUUACGCGAUGGCACAAAACUAAUUGCAUUGCUCGAAGUGCUGUCCGGUGAACGACUGCCCGUGGAGAAGGGCCGUGUACUGAGACGACCACAUUUCCUUAGCAAUGCCAAUACGGCCCUGCAAUUCUUGGCCAGCAAACGCAUCAAAUUGGUCAAUAUUAAUCCCGCAGAUCUGGUGGAUGGGAGACCACCAGUUGUGUUGGGCUUGAUAUGGACAAUCAUAUUGUACUUCCAGCUUCGUAAAAAGAGGCGGAAAAACUUAGUUGUAGUUAUAAAUUAUGCGCCACAGAUCGAGGAGAAUAGCCGCAACCUAGAAUAUUUGGGUCAUGGUAUUGGCGGUUCGGUUAGCUCCCUCGACAGCGUUGGCAAUCAGAAGCAUGGCGACCUUAAGGCUGAGAAAUGGAAGCAGGGAGCCAGAAAAACGCUACUCAAUUGGGUGACAAAUGCCCUGCCAAAAGACAGUGGCGUGGAGGUGAAAGAUUUCGGCGCCAGCUGGAGAGAUGGCGUCGCUUUCCUAGCCUUGAUCGAUGCCAUAAAAGCGAAUCUGGUCAAUUUAGCAGAGCUAAAGAAGACCAGCAAUCGUCAGCGUUUGGAGACAGCUUUCGAUGUGGCCGAAAGCAAGUUGGGCAUUGCCAAACUAUUGGACGCUGAGGAUGUGGAUGUACCCAAGCCAGAUGAGAAGAGUAUCAUGACAUAUGUGGCACAAUUCUUGCACAAGUAUCCCGAACCAAAGGGUGCCUCACGCGAUCAAUCGCAUGUUCAGCAAGAGGCGGACGAGCUGCGUCGCUUCUUGGUGGAGAAGACCACCGAGUAUGAGCCCAUGGUCAUGCAGAGCUCUUUUCCACGUGAUUUUAGUGAAUAUCUUCUGGCACGUUCAGAGGUCGAUGCCCAUUUGUCGGCAUACAACCGCCUGAAGCAAUUGAUUGAGAGCCAAAGCGGUUUCCUGCAGGUCUCACAUCAAUCGUGGAAUGAAAUCAAUGAGCUGUGGCAGCGCCUCCAGUACCAGAUGAUGUACUGGCUCUGGCUGUUGGACGCCGAGCUGCCCGGCGAGUUCGGCAUCGUUGGCAAAUGGCUGGCCGAAGCCGAGAAACUACUGAUGGACAAUGAUAUACCCAAUGCCAUGAAUGAGGAGACGGCGGCUGUGAUUAGCAGAAAGCUGGAAGAGCAUAAGCUCUUCUUUGCCGAUCUGCCGCGCAUUCUGGCCAUGUUCGACAAUGCCAAACGGUCGCCGUUGGCCCAGCAGGUGCCACUGGAGCAGCUGCGCAAUAUGGAGCGACGCCUGCAAGAGGUGGGACCCAAGGCCGCUGAGCGGCGCAUCCGUUUGAAGUUCCUCGAGCACAAGUGCUGUCUGAUUGCGUUCCUCAAUCUCGUGGAGAACAAGAUGCGCGGCUGGACUGGAAAGUACGGGCACGAGGAGAAGGUGGCCCAGCAGCUGGAGCAGUACAAGAACUUUGUAUCGCGCAACAAAAUCUUCCAGGAGUUCCAGAAGGCCUUCGUGGACAUGCAACAGGUCGUGGAAGAGUACAAGCGCGAGGGCAAUGUGCCGCGCAAGGACAUCAACGAGAUCGAUCGCUUCAUGUACGAGACGGAGGAGCGCUGGAAGCGCGUCUCCAUGGAGCUCAAGUGCUGCCAGAACUCACUCGAAGAGGUGGUCAACUGUUGGCGUAGCUGGAACCAGCUGGCCCCCAGCUGCGAGGAGUGGCUACUCCUCGCCGAACAGAAGGUCAAUCAAAGCGAGGACGACCGUCUGGAGUUCUUCCAGGAUAUACCCGUGUGGAAGGACAAGUUUGAUGCUCUGGCCAGCUCUGCCAAUUAUCUGAUUGCCUCUUGCGAGGAGCCCAUCGCCCAGCAGCUGCGUCAGCGCCAUGGCGCUCUCGCCGACCGCUUUGAGCGUCUGUUUGCCAACACCAAGCAGUACAUGCACGCGGGCGACAUCAUACGCUCCCGUCAGGAGUACAAGUCGGGCAUUGAGCAGCUGUCCCGUUGGCUGCGUGGCGCCGAAAGCGUGCUCGAUCAGCGUCAGGUGCUGGGCAACAGCGAGCAGAUUCGGCAGUAUGGCCAACAGCUACAGCAGUUGGCCAGCGAGAUCGACGACAACGAGGAGCUGUUCAAGACCAUCAGCCGCAACUUCCAGGGACUCAUACAGGACUUGUCCCGCGAUGAGGUGGACAAGAUGAUGAAGCUAUUGAAACAGGAGAAGGAAUCCCUAGUGCGCAUACGCGCACAGCUGCCGGCCAAGCUGCAUCUCUUCCAUCAACUGCAGAUCCAACAGGAAUCAUUGGAGGCUGGUCAGAAGGAGAUCCAUCAGUGGCUAAGCGAGGCCGAGCAGCUGCUGAGCACCCACAACCUGUCGGGCGGAAGGGACUCGAUCAACGAGCAGCUGCACAAACACAAGACAUACUUUUCGCGCACUGUGUACUACCGCUCGAUGCUGGAGAGCAAGAACAAGGUGUUCCAGAAUCUACUGAAGGCCGUGGCAUCGGAUGACAAGAUCGACACGGCGCCUGGCUCCCAGCAAAUGCAGCAGCUGAACGAACGCUUCAACUAUGUGAUCCAGAAUGCCCAGCAAUGGGAGCAGCGUCUGGACGCGGCCGCUGGUGGCUGGAGCAACUUCAAAGAUAACGAACGGGUGGUCAGCGAAUGGCUCACCCAGGCCGAAUCCAUGCUGGUGGAGAAGCACAUCGAAUCGAAGACCACCAUCGAGACACAGAAAUACUUCUUUGAGCAGGUCAAUGACCGCUGGAUGAACGACCUCGUGCAAUCCGCACAGCAAUUGCUGACCACGCUGCCAGCGCAGGAGCAGCCAGCGGUGGUGCAGAGCGUGGAGCAGCUGCAGUCGCGCUGGAAGAAUGUUCUGUCGCAGGCACCGCUCCAUCUGCUGAAGCUGGAGUUCCGUCUGGAUGAGAAUGCCUUCUAUCAGUCGCUCAAGGAUGUGGAGAAGGAGCUGCAACUGGAGCAGCAAGCGCUCAACCGCAACGAAGACGUCGACUCCAUACUGCAGCGCAAUCAGCAGUUUUUGGUGCAACAGGAUGUGGUGCCACGGCUAGAGCGGUGCCUGCAGAACAUGCAACGCCUGGCCCAGGCCCACAGACAGCAGCAGCCAGGGGACAUCUCUCUGGAUCAGGCCUACGACAACGCCCAAGCCCAGUGGCAUUCGCUGUCCAACAAACUGGGGGAUAUGCGACAGACACUGCAGCAGAUCCCAGCCCAAUGGCAGGGCUACCACCAGAAAUUCAACGAGAUGAUUCAAUGGAUGAAUACCGUCGAUCAAAGCCUGAAGAGCAUUGUCAAUGAAGUCAAUACCAUGGAGGAGUUUGAGAAGGAGAAGGUCGUCUUCCAGCGAAUCUGCCAGGAUGCAGACAACAAGCGCGAGGACAUGAAGUGGCUGGUCAAGACGCUCGACUCUCUGCUCAGCUAUGCCACCGAAGAUGAGGCCAACCUGGAGCAGAAGAAGCUGGAAGAUCUGAUUGCCCGCUACAAGAACCUCAUACCCACCAUUGAGAUAACGAUGGUCAAGACGGAGGUGUUCUCCAAGUGCUACACCUACCGUCGCGAGGUGCACGAGGUGGUGUGCCUGUUGAGCAAGGUCAAGGACCAGACAGCCAAUAUCCCGGCGCCGGACAGUCUGGAGCGUGUGAACCGUUUGAUUGAAGAGCAGCAAUAUGCCAUCAAUCAGCUGGAUCAUCAACGGCCGCACAUCAUGUCCAUGCUACAGCGUGGCCGUGAUCUCAGCAAGGACGUGCACGCCCCGGCAUUUGUCAAUACCGAGGUCAAGAGUCUGGAGACGGGCUGGAACCAGGCCUACACACAGACCUCCGACAAGCUGCAGGCACUCAAGGGCACCCAGGCCGUGUGGAGUGAGUUUGUGGACCAGAAGAACGACAUCUUCUCCAUGCUGCAGACGGCCGAAACUGAGCUCCGUGCCCUGACACCCCUGCAGACGGAUCCGAAGAAUGUCAGCCAGGAUCUAAAGUCCAAGCGGGAUCUGAAUGUGCAGCUGCAGCAGGCCUCGCAUCAGCUGCUGCCCAAACUGCAUGCUCUCAAGUCGGAACUGGCUCCGUUGGCUGCGGCCGACAAGCGUCCCAUACUGGAGAAGGAGGUCACCGAAGUGGAGAAGAUGUUCUUCAAUACGAUGGAGCAUGUCAAGGAUCGCGUUGGCUAUCUGGAGGAUUACAGUGCCAAGUGGAACAACUACAAGACGCGUCUCGCCGAGCUGCAGGAAUGGGCCAACAAAGUGGCGCCCAAGAACAUCGAAGCCCUGCAAUCGGAGGACCUCACACCCGAGGAGCGUGUGGUCAAGGUGCAGGGCUUCAAGCGCGUCCUUGGGGAGCGCAUGAAGCAGCUGGAUCUACUCGCCGCCGAUGCCUCCGAAUUGGCACCGAAAGAGGGCAACAUUGCCGAGGCGAAGCGUCUAAAGGGUGAGAUCUCCAAGCUUCAGGAGGUGCUCAGUGCGAUCAAUCGCAAUGUGGACCACCAGGCACAGGCCGUGCAAGAGGAUCUCAUCAACUGGCAGCAGUUCCAGGCCGGCCUACAGCAGAUCAAGCCCGCGGUGGAGCAGAGCGAAGUGAAGGUAAAUAAUGUAGUUUCUAAGCCCCAGACCCUUGAAGAAGCCGUUGCCAUGCAACAGAAUGCCCAACAAUUUGAAUCACAAUGCCAGGAGCAAUUGGACAAGCUCCAUGGCAUCUCGAACAUCAGUCAUAAAAUGUUGUGUAAAACGAAUGCCCCCGACGAGCUGGAUGCCAUGCACUCGCGUUGGUCCGCCGUCCACGAGAAUGCCAAGCAGGCGAGCGCCAAGCUCGAAAAGUUGGUGGGCAAUUGGAAGUCCUUCGAUGCCGAUGCCGGCAAGUUGGAGGAUUGGAUUGGCCAGGGCGAAAAGCAGAUGGCCAAGCGUCCGGCUGUGCUGAAUACUCCGCACAUUGACAAGCUGGAGAAGGAGUUGGUCAAGCUAAAGUCCUUCAACAACGAGAUCUCUCAGCAGCAGGCCAAACUGGUGGCUCUGGGACAGAAUGCCGAUCAGAUUAGUCUGCAUUUGGCCCCCGAGGGUGCCGCCGCGCUCAAGGAUCGCGUGAACCAGAUGAAGGGUAAGCUGCAGAAGCUGUCGGAGGCCACGAGGGGUAACAUCAAUGAGGUCUCCGAUGCCAUUAUCUCGAGGCAGGACUUUAACGCGAAGCUCGUGAACUUUUCCAAUUGGAUGGAACAGCUGAGGAAUCAGGUCACACAGGUCGAGGAAAUCAAUCCGGAGCGCGUGGAGACGAGUCUGCAUGUGAUCCACGCUCUGAUGCAGGAGCAUGCGGACAAGAAGCCCAGCUUUAAUGCCAUCUACGAUGAGGUCAAACAACUGGCUUUGGGUGCCACACCCGAGGAAACGAACGCCCUGAAUGAUGCCUAUACCGCUCUGGUGGUCAAUUACCAGAAUCUGGAGACGAAUAUGCUGCAAAAGAAGGCGGCCCUAGAGAAAUGGACAGAGCUGUUGGGCUGGAAAAAUGACACGGAAUCGCAUCUGAAUUACUUGAAGCAUCAGUUGGAUAAACCCGAGGGACCCGCUGCGGAAGAGUUGGGCAAGGUUAUCCAAGAGAUUGAUUCCUUGGGUCAGGGCAUUAGCUACUGGAAGGCGCAGGCCAAGGAGAUUGAUGAGAAUCCUGCCAUCCAGCUGCGUGAUGCCCUGUCGCGUCGUCCACUGAUCGCAACACAAAUUGUCAACGAUGUGGAGAACAAAUUGGAGAAUCUUAAGCUCCGAUCGCAGAACCAGCAGCAGCAACUGCAGCAGAUGACAGUGCGCAAGGACAAGUUCCAUGCUCUGGAGCACAACUUUGGUCAGUCGCUGCAGGAGAACCGGGACAAGCUGCAGGCGAUACUCCGACAGCAGCCCACACUCCACAACAUUGAUCAGAUCAUAGCCGAUUUGGUGGCACUCAAUGAGGCCCUGAAAUACCAGGCAGAUCUCAAGAACCGCAUACACGACGAGGGUUCGCUGCUGAUGCGCGAGGACAUUGCCAGCAUGCCGGCCAUCCAAGAGAGCCUCUUGGUCAUGGACAAGAACUAUGAUUCGCUGCAGAAUGAAAUCGCCGAACGCAUACAGAAAUACAACCUGAUUAGUCAGGCCUUGAGGGAGUAUGCCGAAGCCAAGGAUAAGUUCUCCAAGGAGCUGAAAAAAGCCGCAGAUCUGUUCAACGCCAUACCACAACAGCCACGCGAUGAAACGGAGCUGCAACAGGCCUCAGAGAAGACACGCAAGACCCUGGAACAGCUGAGGAAAUCCAAGCUCAGUCUCGAUGAGCUCGAGCGACGUGGCAAUAAUGUGGGAAAACUGUUUAGCGCCAUUGGCGAGCCCAUACCCCAAGAGGUGCCACAGGAGGUGACGGCCGCCAAGCAGCAGUGGCAGGACCUGCACGACAAGACUGCCAAGAAUGCGCAUGUCUACGAGACGGAAGCGGUCAUUUGGUCACAAAUAGAAGAUGCCAAAAAGGAUCUGCUGCCCUGGCUAAACGAAACCAAUCAGGGUCUGUGCGAUGCGGCAGACAAUUCCAUAGAAAUCGAGUUUGCCCCAAUGCGUCUGAGUAAAUACCGGACGGAACUGCCUUCCUAUCAGGCUUUGAAGGAUACCAUUGCAGAGAAAACCAAGGAUUUGGGCGGCAAUUCACCCGCUCUGAAGGCACUCAAUCAAUUGUUGGAUGAGCAGUUCGCUGAGGUAUCCAACAAUGCCGAGCGCUUGAGUGCCAUUACCACGUCGUUUAAUGAUCAAGAACAAGAGCUGCGCAGGCGCUCGAAGGUGGCAGGGGAACAGGUCAGUAAACUCCGCGAACAGCUCAUCAAAUGCGACGACAUGUCGGGGGAUAACAACAAGAUCAUGGAGCGUCUACUCCAGUGUCGUGCCUUGCGCAAAGAUCUGGAUGAAAGCGGCAACGAGAUUGACAAUAUCAAGCAAAAGGUGGACGAACUCCGCAACCUGUAUCCCACAUUCAGUGAGUCCAUCAUCCCCAAGGAACUAAACAACGUCCAGAAACGCUACGAAGGCGUGGACUUGUAUGCCAAAAAGAUUGAGAGCUCGCUGCUGCAGUUCCUCAAGAAGUUCCAUGCGGAUAGGGUGGGCAUGCUGAAGCGUAUCAUAGCCACGCAACGCGAGAAGGUGGCCUGGUGUCAGCCAGAAUCAUCGAGCGACAAAUACAAUCUGGACGUUAAGAAAUCAUCGCUGCAGGAGGUCGGCAAGAGCAUUGACGAGUGCAAGGCCAGAUAUGCAGAGACCUUGAAAUCUUUGGAAAUGCUGAAGGCUGUGGAGUCCCCACAGAACCUACAGGAGCUAUCAAAGGAUGCCCAGCUGCUGGACAACGAUAUGAAGGCCUUGCAGGAUAGCUUUGACCAGAUCAAGGGCAUACUCGACGAGAAUGUGGAUCUGUGGUCCCAAUACGAGCAAUCGAAUGAGCAAAUAUCCAAUUGGUUGCGCGAUGUGGAGGGACGCGUCAAGGCGGAGACCAGCAGUCAAGUGAAUCUUCCAGAAGUGCCACAGAAACUGCAGGAGCUGGCCAUCCUACAGCAGGAUGUUUUGGCCCACGAGCCGAUUAUCCAAGGCUUGGAGCAGACCUCUCAACAGCUGAUUGAAAAGAAUCCCGAGGCAAGGAUUGGACAAUUUGUGCAGCACCUGGUACAACGCUAUCAGGCCGUAAGUAAGAGUCUGAAUGGAUACAUUGACAAGAUCCGCAGUGCACAAUCGUCCAACACAAACUUUGCCAAGGCUUCGAAGGACUUCAAUGAGUGGCAGAGCGAUGCCAAGAUUGAAUUCCAAGAACUGGCACGCAUGGGCUCCCCCGGAUCCUCUUCGGCCACGGCCCAACAGCUGCAGACGAUCAAAAACUACAUCAAAACCCUGGAUAAUGGUCAGAUAUUGCUGAACAAUGCAGUGGAUAUAGGCGAGAACUUGUAUCCCGUGGUGUCGCCAGAGAAUCGUGAACGCAUUCGCGCGGAUCUGCGACAAAUGAGGGAGAAAUUCGACUAUCUGCGAGAUGAGGCGAACGCUUUAAUGCAGCAGGUGGAGGGUGUGCUCAUACAAAAGACCUCCAUCGAGGAGAGCUACACCCAAGUGUCGCACUAUCUGAAUGAAUCGAGGGCCAAGGUUACAGCUGGGGAUGAACUCUAUCCCACUUUGGCCACCAAGAAAGCAGCCCUGCAGAACUAUAAAACGCAACUGCAGGAGAUUACGCUGCACAAGAAUGCCCUGAAGCAGCUGCACGACAAGGCGGUGACUCUCUGCGAUGAUGAGUCCGAAAGAAAGACGGAUGAGUCCAUUCAGGAGUAUAAUACUUUGUCCAAAAAGAUUUCCGAUCGUAUCGGUACCGUCUCCAAUCAAGUGACCAAGCAUGAGGCAUACGAUCAAGUGCUGGAGAAGGCCCAGGACUGGUUGAACACCAUCAAAUCAGAGGCCAUAGACAUCCUCAAUGAGACCACAUUCGAAAAAGAGGGAGCCGAAGAGAAGCUUAUUGUUGUGGAGAACCUAUUGCAGCAUAAGCCCGAAGGAGAUUCGAUCUUUGAUACGUGCCACAAACUGUUGGAGACUGUACUAAAACAGACGCAUCCCAACGGACAUCCUGCCUUGCUGAAGGGCUUUGAAGAGCCAAAACAUGCGUGGGAGGAGUUUAUGGUUCUGUGUGAGGAUUCGUUGGUGAAACUCAAGCAACUCUGCUCGAAAUGGGACGAAUUCGAUUCGAUUAUCGAAGACCUAGACAACUGGAUGAAGAAUGUUGAGGCUGUCGUCAAGAACCAGAGCCUCAAGAGCACUGCGGAGGCAAAGAGUGCCCAUCUGAAGCAACUUCAGGACAUUUCAAAGGACAUUGAACGUCGUGGCUCGGCCAUCAAUGAGCUGAUGGAUCAGGGUCGUGAAAUCGAGGGAGAAACCGACUUAAAUCUGAAACUCUCGCGCUUGAACACACGCUACCAGACGCUCAAGAACCUGUGCAAGGAAUCGAUAGCAAAGUAUGUGAAUUAUGUGAAAGAUCAUGAGAGUUUCGACCAGGACUUCGAAUCGUUCAAAGAGAGUCUGUCCCGUUCUGUGAAUGAUCUGUCGAAGGCCAAUGAAAUCACUGGCGAUCAGAGUGUGCUCCAGGAACAGCAGAACAAACUCCGCGAGAUGUCAGACAAACGCAUCUCGGAUUCGACUCUCUUUGAGGGUCUCAUCGAUCGCGGGGAGAAGCUGUACGGCCACACCAGUCCCGAGGGCCGUGAGAUUAUACGCCAACAGUUGCGUUCGCUACGCACCCUGUGGGAUAAUUACACGGACGAUUUGAAUGCGGCCACCCAAAAGAUUGAUCAGUGUCUGUUGCAGUUCAACGAAUUUAGCAUUGCCCAGGAUCAGUUGACCAAAUGGUUGAAGGAUGUGGAUAAGGCCAUGCAGAGCCACACGGAGCCAAAGACCACGUUGCAGGAGAAGCGCGCCCAGUUGCAGAAUCAUAAGCUGUUGCACCAGGAGAUCACCACUCACAAUGUCCUGGUGGACAAUGUGUGCGACAAGGCACAGCUACUGAUUGAUCAGAUCAAGGAUAACUCCUUGAACAUCUAUCUGCAUUCGAUUAAGGAACUGUUUCAGAAUAUUGUCCAAAAGUCCGAUGAGAUCUUGCACAAUCUAGAGGACUGUGUGCAGAGGCACAACGAUCUAAACAAUGGUCUGGCCUCGGCCAAGACCUGGAUAUCGAAUGAGAAGGCCAAGCUUCUGGAGUGCGAUGAUGCCUACGGCGAGAAGGCGGACAUUAAGCGAAAGAUCGAAACCCUGGGACAGCUGGCGCAGAACAAACCCCAAGCCAUGAAAUUGAUCAACGAUAUACGUCUGCAAUUCGACAAAGUGAAGCCCACAACCUCCGAGAAGGGUAACGAAGUCCUAGACAAAGAAUUAGAUGAACUGGAGGUCACUCUUAAGUCCCACUUUGAUGACAUCGAGGGCAUAGAAGGAAAACAAAAGGAUGUCCUCGCCCAAUGGGAUAAAUUCGAGAAGACCCUCGAGGAACUGACCAAAUGGUGUCGCAAUGCCGAGGCCGUGUUCCGCGAGCAGCAGCUCCAGUCGACGCUGCACGAGAAGGUCGAACAGUUGGAGAAAUACAAGAUCCAACGCGAAUUGAUUCUCCAGAAGGAGCGAGAGAUCGAUGCCUUUGGCGAUGCCGCCCAUUCGCUGCUCAACAAUUGCGGGGCCGAUCGUUUGAAAACCCUGACCACACAGAUCACGAAUCGUUAUCAAUUGCUGCAGGUGUUGAGCAAGGAAGUGGUCAAUCGUUGGUCGAAUCUCGUGGACGAUCAUCAGUUCUAUCAGGACAAGUAUAAUGAGGUUGAUCUGUGGCUGAAGCCGAUUGAAGUGCAACUGGAGAAGGUGCUGCUCAAGGAUGAGCAGGAGCACAACAUAUUGCAGGUCCUUUUGUCCGAAAAAGAACAGGCAGAGAGUCUCUUCGGUGCACUCAAUGGGGCUGGCGAGAAGGCUUUGCCGGAAACUUCUACUCAGGGACGAGAGAAGAUCAGAAAGGACCUGCGUGACAUACGCGAUCGUUGGGACAAAUUGGACGAGGGCAUACGUAAUCUAGAGAAACGUCAAGAGGCCCAGGGCGUCCAAUUGACCAGCUAUCAGGAUAUCCUCAAUCAAACGGUCAACUGGUUGGAUCAGGUCGAAAAACUACUAAACAAUGAGAGCCCCGCCACGUGGACAAGUGCCCAGGAGAUACGCUCCAAGCUGUACAAAUACAAGGCUACCAACCAGGACAUCAACUCACACAAACGCAUCGUGGAGGCAGUCAACGAGAAGGCAGCUGCCCUGCUGGGAAGCUCUGCCCCACCAAAUGCCGAUGAUAUAGCCCAAGCGGUGACGGAAGUGAACAAACGCUACGAUCAGGUGGGACAGCAGUGUGCCCAGCUGGUCUCCGAUCUGGAUGCAGCUUUUGAGGUCUACCAACAGUUUAGCGAACUCCAAAAGGCCCAACAGGACUACCAGAAGAAUCUGUGGGAUCGUCUUACGGGCUACUCGGAUUACUCCGGCAACAAGGCGGCCCUGCAGGCGCGUCUCCAGAAAAUCAACGAGAUCCAGGACGCCCUGCCCGAAGGUGUGGCCAAACUGAAAUCUUUGGAAGAACACAUCCAGGCAAAUGCCAGCCACAUACCCGCACGAUCAAAGGAGGCCAUGGCCAGGGAUUUGGCCAAUCUACAUGCAGACUUUGAGAAGUUUGGUGCGUCGUUAAGUGAUGUCAAGAGCGGCCUGGAGAACCGUCUCCAGCAAUGGAACGAUUACGAGAUCAAUUUGGAUCGUCUGAUCAAUUGGCUGGGAGAGGCUGAGAAUGCACUGAAGAACUAUAACCUCAAGAACUCAUUCGAAGAAAAGGAGGAACAACUAAAUCGGUUUCAAUCUUUGGCCCAGAGUUUGCGUCAAAACGAAUCAGACUUUGAUAAAAUGAAGGACGAUACCUCGGAGCUGGUGCAGAGCUCAGGCGAGACGAGGAUUGCUGUGAAUGUACAGCAGGUAUCCUCGCGUUUCCAGUCCAUCCAAGCCACAGCCAAGGAGAUCCUGAAGAAGUGCGAGCAAGCUGUCCAGGAUCAUGGCCAUUUCAAUGAUAAAUACAAGCAGUGUGCCAACUGGUUGGCCCAGGCCCAAGGACGAUACGACGACUGCUGUGAUUUGUCCGCCGUGGGAUCCCGCGAUGAUCUAUUGAAGAAACAGAUGGUUAUCCAGGAACUGCUGGCCCAACAGCCCACGGCCACGCAGCUGCUGAACAGCACUGUGGAGCUGGGGGAGAAAUGUUAUGGUUCAACGGCCACCGAGGGUCGCGAGGCCAUACGCAGCCAGCUGGAUGACCUGACGUUCGAUCAACUGUUUGACAACAUUGCCAUUACGGCGAGGAAAAUACAGGAUAAGAUUGCCAAGUGGUCUGGAUUCGAUGAGAUUGCCGACAGCUUAAAGUCCUGGCUGGAGGAGACAGAGAAUGCUUUGCCAGCGGACAUUGAACUGAAGACCACGCUCGACGAAAAGCGCACAAAACUACAGACCUACAGGGAUGUACUCAAUGACAUUAAUAACCAUCAAGUGGAGGUGGGCAAUCUGCAAGAGAUUGCCGCAAAUCUGCCCGAGAAAACAGAGCAUGUUGAUGGAAUCCUUAAGGAUAUAGCCGAACGCUUCGGGAAGCUACAGAAGCGCGGGCAAUCCUUUGUGGAGCGCUAUGAGGGCAUCGUGAGUGCCCAUCAGCAGUACUCGAAGGCGGUAAUGGAUGCCCAGGAGUUCAUUGAUGCCACCCUCAAUACGGUUCAUUAUUGGGGUGAUUUGGACCUGGAGCAGAUCUCCCUGCACACGAAUCUGGAUCGUUUGAAGAACCUCAAGGCCAGUCUGGCCGAUGAGUUUCCUCGCGUGGAUCAAGUGCGUGCUUUGGGCGAGAAAGUCAUCCCCGGUACCGUGGAUGUGGGUCAAGUGAAUAUCAAGUCCCAGAUCGAUACAACGCAACAGGAAUGGGAGGGUCUCCUUGCCGCCAUUGGCUCCACCAUCGAGGGUAUAGAGUCGCGUCUCCAACACUGGUCGGAAUACGAACAGUUGAGGGAUCAGUGUCUCGCGUGGAUACGCGAUACCGACAACAAUCUCCAUGCCAUUGAUCUGAAGGAAGAUCUGCCCAAGAAGCGCACACAAUUGGAUGCUCUGAAGGCACUCCAAGGCGAUGUGAGGGCCAAGGAAUUGGAGGUGGAUAAUGUCACAGAGAAGGCACAGACUCUCCUGAAGGGCCACCGGUCUUCGGGUCCCGAAUUGGUCGCGAAAUACCAGCAGAUCUUCCACAAGGUGAAGGAACUGAACAAUCGCUGGCAGCAAUAUGUUUCCACACACGAGGACUUCGAUAAUUCCUUAAACGAUUGUACGUCCUGGAUCAAUGACAUCAAGGAGAAGCUCGACUACUGCUCGGACAUGUCGUCGAUGAGCCAAAAAGAACUGGACAAGAAACUGGCCACCAUUCAGGAUGUCAUACUCCUCAAGGAUGAGGGUUCUGCGCGUGUCUUGAAGAUCUUGGAACAGGCCCAACAUGUCCUGGCCAAUACAGCGCCAGCGGGCCAUGAGGCCAUCAACAGGGACCUCACCGAUCUACAGGACCUGUGGUCUGGCAUUGCCCUGCGCAUAAUGGACGUGAAAUCGAAUCUGGACGACUCGAUAACCCAAUGGUCGGGCUUCCUCGAUCAAGUGCAGAAUGUGCGCAAGUUCAACGAAUGGUUGGAGGCUCUCUUGAAGGAAUUGCUGGAGAAUCAGACCACAAUGACGGAAAAGCGAGCACAGCUCGAUCGCGUCAAGUCCACGGAGGAGAAGGUGCGCGUGGAGAAGAUCGAUGUGGACGCACUGAAGGUACAGGCCAAGGAAAUGAUUGCCAGCGGGCAGCAGAGUCAGGCGGCCUACCAGGCCCAGAAGGUGUUGGACAACUUCGAUGAAUUGUUUGGGAAGACACAAAAGCUGCUGUCGGACCGUCAGGAUCAGUACAGGGAUCAUCGUUUGUUCAAGGAGGCAUACGAUGAUCUCGUUAGCUGGAUAGGUCGCGCCCGGGAGAAGUUCCCCGCCCUGAAACAGAGCAGCUUGAGCGACAAACUGGCCAUUGAGAAUGCUGUCCAGGCUACAGAAGCCCUGCUCAAUAAGCAGGCCCAAGGGGAACUGUUGGUCGAGCAUCUAGUGCACACGGGCGAAGUGGUGCUCGCGAGUACCUCCACGCAGGGACAGGAGAUCAUACGGAAUGAUAUACGCGCCCUGCGCGACAGCUUUGAGAGUCUGUUCCGUGAGAUCAAUCAGCAGAAGGAGAACCUAGAGGUCACCAUGGUUCAGUGGCGUGCCUACAAAGAGGAGUACGAACGUCUCAUGGAAUGGCUGCAGCAGAUUGAUAUACUGGUGAAGAAUCACAAGCUCAAUCUGUGUCCCAAUCUGCCGGACAAGGAGAAGCAGGUCGCAGACAUGAAGGAUGUGAUGUCGCGACUGGAGAAGGGCAAAGAAGAUAUUGAUCGAUUCAAUGCCUCGGCUUCCAGUCUCCUCAAGUCCCACCUGGAUACUUAUGUGAACAAUCAACUGCGGCACCUGAGCUCUGUCUAUCAGGUCCAAGUAAAUCUGGCCAAGGAUGUGCUGAAAAAGGUCGAAACGAACCGCGAUCAGCAUCGUGAAUACGACUGCAACAUGCAGUCGGCCAAGGACUGGAUAGCCCAUGCCAAGACGGCCAUUCAGUCGGCCGGCGAUGGUGCUGGCUCCAAGGAGGCCCUCCAGCGCCGCCUCGAACAGAUUCAGGACCUGAUACGCAACCGGGAAGUGGGUCAAAAUCUGGUCCACACGGCCAUCAAUAAUGGUGAAAAGAUUAUUCGCAAUACGCGCUCGGAUGGCAGGGAUGCGAUCAACAGCGAAAUGAAGGAGCUGCAAACGGAAUGGGACAGACUCGUGAAGAAAAUGUCCAAUGCCAAGGUCCAACUGGAGACGAACCUGCUGCAGUGGGCGGACUACAGCUCCAGCUACACGCAGCUGCAGCAAUGGAUCACCGACAGGGAGGCGAAGCUCCAGCAGGCCUGCGAGCAGAAGAUUGUCAAAUCAAAGCGGGGACAACCGGGUCUUAGUAGUGGCCUGAGCGAGCGCAAGGCCAAUCUCCGACAGACGAACAACAUUGUCCAGGAUAUUGUGUCCUUCGAGCCGAUGAUCCAGUCGGUCGCGUCCAAGGCUUCCGAUUUGCAGCAAGGAGCCCCAGCCACAGAGAUAUCCGACAAGUACGAGAAUCUCACAAAGCAAGCCAAGGAUCUGUAUGAGAAGCAGAAGACAACCAUCGAGAGCUACCAGUCGCUGAUCGAUGCUGGCAAUGACUUUGCCACAUGGCUGCGCAAUGCCAAGGAGCGGCUAAGCAAGUGCUCCGAGCCGACAGGCGACAAGCAGGCGCUCGCCGAGAAGACCCACCAGCUGAAGAUCCUCCAGGGCGAAGUGCCCGAGGGUGCGCAGAAGCUAAAGAAUGCCCUGGAGCAGGGCGAGAUUGCCUGCCGCAGUGCGGAGCCCGAGGAUUGUGAGAUCAUAGAGCAGGAGGUGGCCCUACUCCAAGAGGAGUUCGAUGCCUAUGUGGAGGCCUUGAACAAGGCCAAGGACUACCUGGAGGUGGGAAUUGUUAAGUGGUCCGACUACCAGGAUCAGUACACCGAAGCCCUCGAGUGGCUGAGCAAAACAGAGGCUCUGGUACAGUCCUACAACAAGUUGCAGGAUAGCCUCACACAAAAGAAGGUCGUCCUCGAGCAAUUCCAGGGACAUUUGCAGACCCUCUUCGACUGGCAAAAGACCCUCGAUCAUUUGAAUAUGAAAGCCCAAGUGCUGCUGGAGACCUGCUCCGAUACGCGCAUCAGCAAUGCCAUCAUGCAGCUGACGACCAAAUACAACGCCCUGUUGACCCUGGCCAAGGAGGUGAUGCGUCGCCUGGAGAUGCACUACCAGGAGCAUCAACAGCAUCACUCCCUCUACGAGGAGUGCCAGUCGUGGAUCGAGAACACGCGCGAGAAGCUAGCCGACUGCGAGCACAUACCCAGCACCCUGAAUGAAGUCCAGAUCAAACUGAACACCGUCAAGAAUCUCCGCCAAGGCUUCGAGACGGGUCAGAACAAGCUGCGGUAUCUGCUGGAGCUCAAAGAAAAGGUGAUCAUGAACACGGAACAGAAUGGUGCGGCCAAGAUUCAAGAAGACACCGAGGCCCUCAAGCAGGACUUUGAUAAACUGCUGGUGGAUCUCAACGAUGUGCGCCAGAAGUUGGCCAACCGGCUGGCCCAGCUGGAGGAGAUCUUCAAGCUGUACAAGAUCCUCAUCGAGUGGCUGGACGAGACCGAGCCCAGUGUCAAGGCCAGCGAUGAGUAUCUCAAUGAUUUGAGCGAGAAACGCGCUGCCCUCGAGAAAUUCCGCGUCAUCCAGCGUGAUAUCAACGGACACAACGACAUUGUGGAGAAGAUCAAUCUGCGUUUGCGUGAGGACAAUAGCCUGGAUGUCAACGACUUCCAGCCGGGUCUCGGCAAAUUCGAGAAUCUUCAAGGGGAGGUCAACAAGAUCAUAGAGUCCCUGGAGAACCAGGUCAACAGCCACGAGAAGUACAAGCAGGCCUACAAUGAGCUGCAGGACUGGCUGCGUCGCACUCGCAUCGAUGUGGAGCAAUGCGCCGACUGCCAUGGCGAAAAGGAUCAGGUGGAGAGUCGUCUUAAUCGAUUGGGUGACAUACAGGCCACCUCUCUGGAGGGCAAAUCCCUGCUGGAUGCCUGCGAGGAGCUCAGUCAAGCGGUCAUAGCCACCAGCGGCCGCGAGGGUCAGGACAAUGUGGCGCAGGAGAUCAAACACUUGACUGCCGAAUGGGAGACCCUCCAGGCAAUGUCGCGUGAUGCGCGCAGCAGUCUGGAGACCUGCCUCAAUGCCUGGCAGACCUUCCUGCAGAAGUUCAACAAAAUCAAUCUGUGGAUCGAGACGAUGAGCAAGCGCGUUACCAAAUCACAGGAAGCCGAAAACAAAACAACCGAAGAUUUGGUUAAUGCCAAGAAAUUACUCGAGGAAGUGCUCGCCGAGAAGGACAAUGUCGAGGAUUUGAACGACAACUGCGAGCUCUUGAUGGAGCAGAGUGCCUGUACACGGAUACGCGAUCAAACUAUUGAAACGCAGGCCAAUUACACCAAACUAUUGACCUCUGCCCAGGGCCUGGUGGCCAAGAUCGAGAAGAAUCUGUCGGACCACACAGAGUUCCUGAACUACAAGAAGGAAAUGGAUGGUUGGAUAGAGAAGGCACAGCAAGUUCUCAACGAUUGCAGUACCGAUGGGGAUGCUUCGAUCAUAGCCCAGAAAUUGGAUACAGUCAAUUCUCUGACUUCUCGUCUGCCCGAGGGUCAGCAUUUGUUGGCCUUGGUGCAAGAUGCCUACUCGAAGGCCUCCAACAUCACGCCCGAGGACAAGCAGGAGAAACUGCGCGAACUGAUGACCAAAGUGCGCGAGGACUGGGAUGCCUUGGGUCUGGCUGUCAAGCAGAAGUUGAGCGACCUGAAGCAAGCCCAGAAUCGCUGGAGCGACUUUGCCGCCAACAAGGAAAAGCUCGAGAAGUGGCUAAGCGAGACAGAGAAGACGCUGAAGGCGGCGCCCGAGACCAAGGGAGAGCUUAGCGAAAUGAAGACUCUUCUCGAGCGCUACAAGACGUUGGGCAAUGAGCUGAAGCAGAAGGGCAAUGAUCUGGAGCAGCUGCAGUCGGAGGCCCGGGAGUUGGGCACCGAAGUGGAUGCCGUCAAUCGUUUGCAGUCGCGUUGCGACAAGCUAAAGAACGAUUGCUCGUCGCACAUUAAGGCUCUCGAGCAGGAGAUGCUCGACUACAAUGCGUACCAUCAGAGUUUGCAGGAUGUGGAGAAGUGGCUGCUGCAGAUCUCCUUCCAGCUGAUGGCCCACAAUUCGCUGUUUAUCUCGAAUCGCGAACAGACCCAGGAGCAGAUCAAACAGCACGAGGCUUUGCUCUCUGAAAUUCAGAAGUAUCAGACCAAUCUGGAUGACCUGAAUGCCAAGGGUCAGGCGCAGAUUAAACGCUAUGAAUCCACCACUCCAGCCAUCCGUCCCACGGUCGAGUCGCAGCUGAAGAACAUCCAGGACAGCUACAACUCCCUGCUGCAGACCUCAGUGCAGAUCAAGAAUCGCCUGCUGGAAUCACUGGCAAAGUUCCAGGAGUACGAGGAUACCCUCGACAGCAUCAUGCGGAAUCUGGAGGCCUACGAGCCGAUCAUUCAGACCGAACUGGAUGCACCGGCGACCAGCUUGGAACUGGCCCAGAAUCAACUCAGGUGCGCCCAGGAAAUGCAACACAAGUUGAACAACGAAAAGUCCCGACUGGCAGCCGCCGUGCAGGCCUGUGAAGCCGCCACUGCCUCGAUUAGUCGUCCCAGCUCUCCGCUGGAGACAGCCAUGCAGGCCAUACCCGAACGUGAAUUGAUUGUGCGCGCCAAGCUUGAAGAUCUGCUGGAUCAGCAACCGCCGCAAAAGACUCGGAGCUCAACCGACGAUAUCGAUGAAGAUGAUGAUGAGAUCCAAGUUGAGCUCAGCGAUGUCCAUGAGGCGCGUUUGGAUCCGAUUGCCCAUGAGCGUGUCAGCAACUAUCGUCGCAUAGUUCGCCUGAAUAGUGCCCAUGUGAGCAAGCUGCACGAACUCGUCGCCAAGGUGCAAUCCCAUUUGGGUGGUUUGACUGCAUCCGUUGGCGAAUUGGAGCAACAGCAGAAGCAGCGCGCCGAGCUGCAGGAUUGGGUUAAGAAGCAACAGAGCUCCGUCUCCGACUGGUCGAUGCGUCCAAGCAAACUCCGUCCCGAGGCGGCACAACAGGAGCUUGUGGCGAUGAAUGAUCUAUUGAAUUCCAUUGGCGAUAAACGCUCGCAAUUGAUGCUGGAAAUGACUGGAUCAUUGGGCGAUGAGGACACAGAUUUGGAUGACAAUAUCGACAAGCUGGAAUCGGAGCUAAUGGAUGCCAUUGCCAAGAAGCAGGCGGGCCAGAAUGUCAUCGAUGGCUACCGCCAGGGCAUGCAGGAUGUCCAAAAUUGGUUCGACACACUCAUCAAGCGCAUGGAUGUCCUGGAUCGCGGAUCGGGCCUGAAUUGUGCCCAAAAGACGGCCGCCAUUAAUGAGAUCAAAAACGAAUACGAACUCCAGGGUCAUCCCAAGAUCCAGGAGCUCAAGGGCAAAGCCGCACAGGUGGCAGAGGUUAUCAGCAAUCUAGAUGGCCAGCAGGUCGAAGAGCAAAUGAAAUCUCUGGAUCGUCGCUUUGCCGAUCUCGGCAAGCGUAUCGAUCGCAAGGCCCAGCUCCUGGAUGUCACCAACAAGGGUGUGGAUGGAGCCAAGGGUGAGAUUGACCAGCUCCAGAAUUGGGUGAAGCAACAGAUCGAAGAGCUGCAGGCCCCCACUCCUCUGGGAUACACACCCAAGGAUGCCGAGGCGCGUCAGCAGAAGAUCAAGAGCCUGAUGAAGGAUGCCGAAGCAAAGCAAUCCCUGGCUGAUGUCCUCGAGAAGCGCAUUGCCAAUAUGCAGCCGGAAUUGGAGCCAGCAGAGUACUCCCAACUGGAGUCUGCUCUGAGGAACCUCAACACGGAGAAUCGUAAUCUGGCUGGCGUUCUAAAGGCCGAACUGGAUCGCGCUCUGGAGGCUAGCAAGGCACGAAAGGGCCUGGAAAACGAUCUGGACAAGGCCCGUCAAUGGCUCAAGACAAAGAUCUCGGAGGUGCGCAAGCUACCCGUCUAUCAUCCAUUGACCUCUGGAGAGAUUGAGAAGAAACUGCAGGAGAACAAAAAAUACGACGAUGAUGCCAAACAGUUUAACGACAGUGUACUCAGCGAUGUCCAACGUCAGGCAGCAAACAUCAUGAAGGAUUGCGAUGACGGGGACAAGGCUGCCCUACAGCAGAUCCUCGACGAAAUAGCCGCCGACUAUCAGACCCUGAAGGACGAGAGCAGCAAGCGAGGCAAAUCUUUGGACGAUCUGCUCCAGGGACGCAAGGCCUUCGAAGACUCGAUGAAGAAGAUGGGCGACUGGCUGAACGAAAUGGAAACGGCCACCGAAGGUGAGCUAAGGACCACCAGUUUGCCUGUCCUGGAAGAGCAGCUGGCGCACUACAAGAAGCUGCUACAGAAUGCCGAGAAUAUGGGCGGCCUCUGCAACGAUGUAUCCGAGCAGGGCAAGAGUAUCUUGCCAACCCUAAGCAAUGCCGAUAAACUCAAACUAAACGAUGACAUUAAGAACAUGAAGGACCGCUAUGGACGUGUAAAGAAUACCAUCGAUGAUAGGGUUAAUGCCUUGGGCGACCAUAUCAAGAAGUACAAGGAUGCCAAGAGUCGUUUGGCCGAUUGCAGCCAGUUCCUGAGCACCAUUCAGCAGCGCAUGCGUGAGCUGAAUCGCCCGAUUGGCUCGAGGAUCGAGGAUGUCCAGGAUCUGUUGGGUGCCUACGAGGGUAUACUCAAGGAACUGAAGGACAGCAAGAGCAAGAUGGGUGACAUGCAGAUGGACGAUCUGCCUGAAUUGCAGAGCAUUUUGGCCCAACAGGAUGAUAUGAUCAAGCUGAUUGAAGAUCAGUUGGCCCAUCUCCGGCAGCUUUUGCUGCUUCGCGAACAGUUUAUUGCGCUGAUCAAUGAGAUCAUAUCCUUUAUCAUGAAGUACACCGAUGUGAUCAUUGACAUUGAGAACUCCCCCGACAGCCUGGAGGAUAAGAUCAACAAGUAUGACGAUGUGAUUGUCAAGAUUCAAGAGUGCGAGGGUGUCCUGGCUUCGGCCAACGACAAGGGCCAGAAAAUCGCCUCCGAGGGCAAUGCUGCCGACAAGAACAGCAUCACCGAGCAGCUGCAGUCUCUGAAAAACCAACUGCAGAAUCUCCGCAAGGCCGUGGAGUCACAGCGACAGAAGCAUCAGCUUCAGCUGGAGUCCCACAAGAAGAUGGGCGCGGAGCUAAGCGAGAUUCUCGACUGGCUGCACAGCCAUGAGGGCGCGGCGAAGUCCCGUCCCCUGCUCGAUCGUGAUCCAGAGUCGGUGGAGCGUGAGCUGCAGAAACACCAGAGCCUCAGCCAGGACAUUGACGCCCAUCUGCAGAAGUUCAACAAGAUUAACGAUGGCGUAAAGACGGAAAUCGGAAUGCCCAGCUCUCUGCUGGAAAUGCUUUCCGAGGGUCGUUCCCUGGUGGCCUCCCUGCCGCACGAGCUCGAGGAGCGCGAGAAGUAUCUGAAGAACAACCGCGACUCCCGGCUGGAGUACAUGCAACUGGUGGCCAAAUUCAACGACUGGGUCCACGAGGCUGAGCUGCGUCUGCAGAACAGCCAGCAUGGCAUCGACUAUGAGCAUCUGGUCCACGACCUGGACGAGCACAAGAUCUUCUUUGGCAACGAGGCACCCAUCCGCAAUCUGGUGCACAAGCAGAUCCAAGAGGCAGCCGACAAGAUCUGGUCGUCGCUCAACAACUACGAGCAGUCGGAGUUAUCUUCCGAAUUGGCCCAGUUCCAGAACAAACUGACCAACACCCUGGCCAAUGCCAAGACCCAGCAGAGCGAACUGGAGCAGGAGGCCGAACGCUGGCGCGAAUAUCAGCAAUCGAUUGACCGCGUCAAGGCCACCAUUGAGCGCACCAAAUUCAGCGAUGAACCCGUACAGAAUUUGGCCGGAGUGCACUUUAACAUACAGAAGCUGUCGCAUGCCAUUGGAAAUGUUCAGAGUCAAAGCAGCGACCUUUCUCUGGUUAACCAACAAUCGCAGGCCCUCAUACGCCAGGCGGACGCACGCAAUCGCCAAUUGAUUGAGAAGGAUAACGGUGACCUGAAUCGCUUGUGGCAGGAACUGGUACGCAGUCUCGAGCAGCGUCGCGAUAACCUGCAACAGUUGGCCGAGCACUGGGAUAGCUUUGAGAACAGCUUGCACGGCUGGGAGAAGGCAUUAGGUCGACUAGAGGAUAAGUUCCGCAAUGUCGAUCCAACUGUAAGAUCCCGACGUCAUUUGGAAGAUACAAAGAAUGCCAUUCAGGAAUUACGUGAAGAAUCAAAUCAACUUAAAUCAUCACAUAAAGAAAUCGAGACUCUCUCAAAAUCCAUCCUCACAUUCCUUGGGGAAGUACACAAACCCUCGGCGGAGGCCAUACAGGCCAAAGUGGAUAAGUUAGUUGAACAGCAGGCCAAAUUGAACGACACGCUACGCGAGAAGGAGCAACAGGUUAGCCAGGAUCUCGACGAGAUCGAGCAAGUCUUCCGUCACAUUUCGCAGCUGCAGGACAAGUUGAACGCCUUGAACGAUCAACUGCAAUCGAUACACGUCUACGACGAGCACAUUGCCCAAACGGAACAGGCCCUGAUCACCCUCAACAGCCAGGUGCAGCAGGCGGCCGAGGAGAGUCGUUUGCUGGUUAGCCAGACAACGGCCAAAUAUCAGGCCAAGCAGAAUCUACUGCCCAGCGACAUUGCCCAGGAGUUUACCGCUCUUGAGUUGCUUUCGGAACGUGUACAGGUGACGAUGGAGACCAAAGAGAAGGAUUUCAAGCGUGCCAAGACCGUGCGCACCGAGUAUGUGGCCGGUGUGGAUGAGAUCCAGCGCUGGCUGCUGCAGGCCGAAGUGCAGGUGCAGGAGCGCACCCUGAGUCCCACACAGAUGAAGGAGCUGCUGCAGCGCAUCAAUCAUGAGAUCACCGCCAUAUACGAACGCUUCACCCUGGUCAAGACCAACGGCCAGCUGAUUAUCGAGAAUUGCCGCAACAGUGAGGAGAAGACACUGGUGCAGACGACCAUCGAUCAGUUGGCCGCUUCCCUGGCCCAAGUUCGGGGCUGGUUGGACGAGAAGAAGCAGGCGGUGGGCGAUAGCCUGGAUGCUUGGACGAGAUUCAUGAAUCUGUAUCAGAUUGUCAUGUCCUGGGCGGCGGAGAAGCGUACGUUUAUCGACCAGUCGAUCGACUUGCGCACCCUGCCCGAGGCCAGGAACAAACUGAACGACUAUGUGGCGGCUGUGAAGAGUAUUAAACCGAUUGUCAAGCAUUUGAGCGAAAUGGAUAAGGAACUGGAACACAUUGGCCAAGUGACGACUGUGGGCGAUCUCAAGGAUAAACUGCAGGAGGCCGAGGAUGCGAAGAUAACCGUGGAAGCGGUGCUGCUGGAGAGGAACUCUCUGCUGCAAGAGGCCUGCGAGGAAUGGGAUCAAUGCGAACGCAAAAUCAAGGACAUACGCGCCUGGCACGAGAAGACCAAACAGGGCCUGGACUCGUCGCAGCAGCAGAAGAAACCGCUGCGCGAUCAGCUUGGGUUCUGUGAGAAGACCCUGGCCGAUAUAAAUGUGCAAAAAACAAAACUGAGACUGUCUAUCGAGAAGCUGGAGGUUCACUUCCGCAAUGGCAUGGGUGGUGAUCCACGCCUUAGCGAGAAUGUUGACGAUCUGGUGCGCGUGCUCGAUGGCUUGGGUGAAUUGGUGAAGGCCAAGUCCCAGAGCCUCGAACAGACGCUCGCCCAGAUCGAUGUCUACCAGCAGCAGAUGCAAACGCUGCGGCAGCGCAUCAUCCAGGAGGAGCAACAGCUGCGUCUGGUGAUGGCGCCCACCUACUUGCCACACGAUCGUGAGCGAGCAUUAGCCGAUCAACAGGCAAUGCGGGAAUCAAUCGAUGGCAUGCAGCAGAUCUACGAUGCAACCGCCAGAAAGUCCUAUGCUCUGGAUCCCCAUUCAGUGGUAACCACUUCAUCGACUGUGUCGUUGCUUAUGAAGCCAACGGCCGUAGGUUUGACCUAUGCUGAAGUGUUAUCGGGACAAACGAGUCCGGUAAGCGGUAAUGAGACGACCCAAACAGCAGCCCCAACGAGAAAACCCAGACAAGAACGAGUAUCCUCCCCAGCUACGACACAAACAACAACAACGACAACGAACUGGCAAGAACAACAACACCACCAAGAAACGACAAACAAUCAGACAACAAUUACAACAACCAUUACGACUACGACAACAUCCACGACUUUAAAACGUACGCACGACGAAGACCAGAUCGAACUGCACGGAGGCGGUAUAACCACUGCGAUCUAUGAGAGCAGAGAUCUGGUUCAGGUUCCCCCCCAACAGGUUACACCAACGCCACCAAUCGAGAGUUAUGUGGAGUCCAUCGAGAUCAGCAACAGCAGCAGCAGCAGUAGCACGGCACAACAGCAACAAGUUCCUAACCAACCUCAGACUCAACCUCAAUCAUCCACCACCAACCCCAUCAUCAGUCAACAGUUCAUUGACAGCGAACAGCAAUAUCAUGUGAAAACGGGUAAGAAUCUACAACCUCCCAAUCGGCCAGAACGUCGCGGACGUUCGCCGAGACGUCGACGAGAGCCACCUACAAUCCAACAGGAUCAGCAACAGCAGCACCAGCACCAACAGGAGCAGCUCUUCUUGCCAUUGGACGAUCGUACCCGAUCGAGUAGCCCCAUGUGGGUGCCCGGUUCGACGUCCUAUGCGGAGGUAUUGCGCGGGCUGGAACUGGAGCGUCUCAAGCAGCAGGCAGCCGAGCAAAUGGCCGCCCAAGGCGUCCAGAGUCAUACGGCGGAUCUCACCAUACAGGAUGUGGUGGAUGCCAGUGCCGCCGUAGCGGCCAGCAUGUAUGUCCCCGAAGCAGAGCCAGAAAUUAUCGAGGAACCAACAACACACCAGCAAUAUAUCAGCGAAGUCAAUCCAGAACAUGUCUAUGUUCCUACCCAACAACAGCAGCAGCAACUGCCACAACUUGUAGAAAGUGCCAACAAUUACGAGGUGCCCAUGACAGCGGAGGAGAUUGCCGCCACUUACUUGCAGCCCGAUCCACAGCUGUAUCAAACGAUGUAUGAGAAUGUGGCCGAUAGUGGCCAGUGGGGCUAUGUGGCGAAUGCCAGUACAGUGCCCCAGCAGGAGCAGCAGCAGCAGCAACCGCAGAACUACUAUGAACAAAUCCUGCAGAUGCAAUAUCCCCUGCAAUACCAGACCGUGGCAGUACAGCCGGCGACAACACAGUUUCAACUGCUGCCCGGCUACUACCAACCCAUAGCCACAACCGACACUUACUCAACGCUCUAUCCCACAGAGCCAUCGCAGAUUUACUUUACCCAACCGACGGUAGAGUAUUCGCAGGAGUAUCAAACGCAGCAACAACCUCAGCCUCAGCAGGAAAUAACCAACCAAACCGUAGUCUAUCAACCGGAGACGGUAGAGCAGACCUAUCUGCUAGAUCCCUACAGUGUACAGGAAUCGACGACAGGUAACAGCGUGCUGGAUCGCGUUGUCACCACACUCGCUUCGAUGGUGCAACAGAGCACGGAACCAUUGACCACCAGUACGCAGCAGAUUCAGCCCACUGUGGUACAGAUCGAACCCGAAGAAGACCCCCAGUAUUAUAUCGAAGAGAAUGUGCAAAUACUGAGGUCAGUGGAGCCACAGGAGUUUGAGGUUGACGAGCCACGACCAGACAUUACCUUUGGGCAGUUUGAGAUGGAUGCCAUUGAGACGAUACCCGUUGAUGUGCAACCACAGCCGCAAGUGCAGGCCCAGCCUCAAGUCCAACCGCAACAGCAAUCCACUGUCGUAACGACAACAAGCUAUGUUCAAGAAACUGUUGUCUCAGAACAGACGACGGAACAGCCAACUGUGAUAACUCAGCAGGUCCAGACUCGAUCAGAAGUCCCCGAAACGACCCCAGCGACCACAGUCACUGUGCGUCCCCAAGCCCAACGUGUACAGCAGCCAACCCAGCCACAGGAUAUCAGUGCCGGUAGUACUUAUGCCGAAGUCCUGUUCGGUCUACAGCACAAAGAACUGCAACAGCAAUCAGUUUUCCAGCCAUCCAGUCAGCAGCUACAGCAGAUACCCGUACGCUUAUCGCCGCCAACACAACGCAGAGCAGCAGCUGAACACACAACCAAUACGAAGCAUACAACAGUUACUACCACAACGAUUACCAACUCAAGAAGAUCGCCAACUUGGGAGCGCAGGGACGAUAAUAUUGAGUCGAGGACAUCGCGCCCAAAGCGAGUGCGACAUGAAACGCAUCCCGAACCAUUGCCGAUCAAGGUGAGCACCCGUAAGGAUACCAAAUCGAGCAAGAAGCACAGAUCUCCGGAGAGCAAUGGUGUGGAAAGCACGAAAGUGGUGCAAGAAGUGGUUGAAGAACCCACCAAACAGCCAGAGCCAAAGCCAAGAAAGUCAAAGAAAUCGAAAAAGACAACCGACAAUGCAACAAUUGUGGAUGUAGUCCAGUUGGUGGAGCCCAAAGUAGAAGCACCAAUGGUGUCCAAUAAGGAGAAAAAUCAGAAUUCCCCCAGUCUGGAGAAAAAGCAAUCCUCUCCUGUUCCUAAGAAGGAAUCACCUGCUGUGGAGCGAAAGCGGAACUCUCCUAUAGCAAGCCGAAAGAUAGCAUCACCUGUUCUGGAGAGAAAGCAAACCGUGGUAGAGACUACUGUUACCGCCACCCAAACGGUUGACCCUGUUGUGUUGGAGGUCAGUUUAGCUCCUGAGCGAACAUCAAAGAAGGAAAAGAAGCAAACCGCUAAACCAGUAGCGGAAAAGGCUCACAUCAGCAAGCAAUCUGGAGAACCAGUCAAGGAAAAGGCAACUGUAAAGUCCGAAGUGGUUGAAGUGAAGGAGGAAGUUGAAACUGUCGUAGCUAAAAAGGAUGUUCCAGCUCCAGUUGCGCCCUCCCGGAAGGAAAAGAAACAGUCAAAGACGACAGUGGAGAAGGUUGUCAUCAGCAGCACCAAAUCUGUAGAACCAAUCAUCGAAAAGGAUAUUGUGGAAACAGUCAUCGAACAGAAGAUUGUGGAACCAAUCCUCGAAAAGGAUAUUGUCGAAACAGUCAUUGAAAAGGAGAUUGUGGAACCAGUCAUCGAACAGAAGAUUGUGAAACCAGUCAUCGAAAAGGAAAUUGUGGAAACAGUCAUCGAAAAGGAGAUUCUGGAACCAGUCAUUGAAAAGGAGAUCGUCGCACCAGCUGUGAUUGAAACCAAGGAGCAAAUCGAAGGCCUGAAGAGCCACAUCGAAGCAGGACAAUCUACGCUUUCGAAGAGGGAAAAGAAACAGACUAAAACAGUUGUGGAGACUACAGUUAUCAGUACCAAGACAAUUGAGCCAGCUACGGAGUCGGAAUCUCUCACAGGGAAGAUUGCUGAAGCGAAAAUGAUUACGGAGAAAAUUGAAUCGGAACCAGUCAAAGCGAAGGAGAUUGUAGAGCCGGAGCCCGUUGCUGAGAAGAAAAUUGAUGAGCCUGAAGUUACAGCUUCGACACCCACAAAGAAGGACAGAAAACGUUCCAAGAAGGAGGACAAACCUGAAACUAUCUCUAAGAUAGAGGUAGCCGUUGAUCCGGUGGAGGAUGUUCCAGUGAUUGUUGAUUCAAAAACCACAACAGAGACUGUUACGGUAGUCACUGAAAGCAAUGUUGUGGCCGAACCCAAAGUUAAGUUUGAGGAAACAGUUCAGAAAACGGUUGAAAUACCAAUUCCAGAAGUUAUACCUGCAGUAACAGCACCUGAGCCAGUAAUUGAACCCGUAAUAGUGGCUAGAACGGUGUCAGAGCCCGUGGAAAUUCCCUCACAGGAUUUAAUUACAACCACAGAAACGCUGACAGAAGCCCUGAAUGGUAGUCCAGUAUUGCAGGAGAGUACGUCCGUAAGUCCCGGCUCUACGGAAAUCAGUGAGACCAUUACUGAGGGCGAACCUGUAGUCACGAUAUCGACCAACACAAUAUCAACGGAAAGUGGAACCACAACCAUCACCACGCGUACAAUAACCAAACACAUAACAAAGCGUAUAGUCAAGCGCAUUGUGGAUGGUAAAGAGGAGAUUGUCGAGGAAGAUGUUAUUGAUGAUUUGCCCGAGGAGAAUAUCUCCGUGCAGCAGUUCAAUCUGCCGACAAUUGAAACCACAAGUAGCGAGGUGCCCGUUGAUGUGACUGGACUCUUGACCACACAGGAUACCAUCGUGCAACAGGGAUCGAUAACCAAGACGACGAUUACCAAGACAAAACGCAUACUAAAGCGUAUCACCGAGGACGGGGAGGAAAUUGUUGAGGAGGUCUUUGAGGAUGAACCAGAAGUGGAGAGAGAUGUUACGCUGCUGCCAACGACAGUGGUAACCUCUUCGUUUACCACAACGGAGGAGAAACAGCAUCAAUCUAACAUUGAGGAGGCUGCCCAGAACGUGGUUGCGGAAGUCAUCAAACAAGCCGAAGCGAUAACCCAACCGGAAGAGCCGGAAACAACGAAGGAAGUUGCGGAGGAACCGCAGCAAAAGAAGCCCCAAAAGCCUUCCCGUAAGGACAAGAAGAAACACAAGAAAUCGGAAAGCGAAGCCCCCACACCCAUUGUCCAAAAGAUAGCCGAAGUUAUCGAGCCACAGCCACAACAAGAAAUCACAGAGCCCCUGAACAUAACAAGUGCAAUUACUAAGGAUGAGAGACAAACGCUGUCAUCGGAAGGAUCUGCUGUCAAUAGUGAUGAUGGCAGCAGCCUCAUCAAGACGACUGUCAUUCGUACAACCAAAAUCGUCAAGAAAAUCAGCAGCAGUCAGCAAGAUAGUCAGGAUAUGUCAUCUUCCACGCACUCGGACGUCCAAUCCCUGGGCUCCUUUGACCUGGCCGAAGAAGCUGUCGAACAGAUCGAACCGAAGAUUGAGAAAUCCGAGACGAACAGUCGCGAAAUAAGCGAUGAGGGUGUGGUCAAGACAACUAAAACCACAACCACUCGGACCAUCAAAAGCCCAAAAACCGAGGAAGUACCCGUUGAAGCUACAUGGGAAGUGCCAACUGAAGAGGAGCCUGCAGUCGCCUCUCGUUCGGAGAUCGAGGAGCCUGCCGAGGGUGGUGUAGUGAAAACCACCACUGUGCGCACUACGAAAAUCGUGAAGAAGAUUUCCCAGGAGAAUGAAAAUAUAAGCGAGACAAGCAGUGAAGCCGAGACUUCUCUGGACUUCAUUCAGGAUGCUCCCCUAGUGGCUGAAUCCGUGACCACGGAAUCCAACAGUGAGGGCAUCACAAAGACCACAACUACACGAACCACAAAGGCUGUAAAUAAGAGUGUAGAUGAAGAAGCUCCUGUUGCUCCGGAAGAUAAGUGGCUGACCACAUCAACAGCUAUUCCUAACGUGCCGGAUUCGACUGAAAUAAAGACAACCAUUCUAGAUUUUAUUUCUGCAGAACAGAACGCAACACAAACGAUUCCAGAACCGGAACAACUCAUUGUAGAAUCCUCUGAAGUUGCAGCUCCAAUUUCAGAACAACCUCAACAUGGAAAUGGUAUAGUUCAGGAAAUACUGGUGUCAGAGCCAGAUAACUCCGGGGUUGGUGAUGUUGUCAAGACAACAAUUACGCGAACAACGAAAAUUGUCAAGAAAAUAUCGCAAAGUAGCGAAGAACAAAGCGUUAGUGAGAUCGUUGAAGCUCCAGAAUCGGAUCAAGCGCUGCCUGUUGCUCAAGAGGAGACGAUAGGUGGUGGUGUAACCAAAACGACAACCGUGCGUACGACAAAGAUCGUGAAGAAGCUCAACGAAGAUGGUGAAACCACCAAAGAGGAGAGCAGCAGCACUACCAGUGAGCCUCCCGUCACAGUCCGUGAAUCAUCGCCAACGAUUUCAGAGAUUCCCAGUGAAACCUCCACCACAUCUAGUCAAAUCGAUGGAGCGAUUAUCAAGACCACAACGAUACGCACGAUGCGCAUUACCAAGAGAAUAACCAAUGACGGACGCAUACUCCUGACUGAAAGUGACACACCGGGCGAUGUUAUUGUGACGUCAAGCAUCGAAAUGCCAGAUCAAAGACCAGUGAGUCCGGUUGUAGCCACAGCCUCUUCCCCUGUCGUUGUUACUCCCAGUAACGAGUUUAAGUUGGAGAAUUUAGGGGCAACAAACAUUCAGUUGGGAUCAGUUAGUCCCACUGGGGUGAAGGUCAUCGGCAUUGAGACAAACACUGUCGAUGUGCCGAACCUAAGGGAACAGAUCAGAACCGAAAGUAAGACAAACGGGGAUAUAAACGAAACCGAUAGUGUUACCACUACUACGACGACUACCAGAAAUACGAUACUCACGACAACCCAACGACGCAGCUUCGAAACCGAAGAUGGCACAAAUGUUCUUUUCGUGGGAGAAGGCAUUGACGGUGCCUAUCCACCGGGCACAGUCCAAAAGAUAUCCCUUAUCACCCAUGAAGAAAAGCUGAAGACACCGAUUGUGAAAAUGCAUCUAGAUUUUCCAGAGGUUAGUCUUCGUGUGACCGAGACGGUGACGGAAAAUGUGGAGUCUCUGCAAAGAACGACCGAAAGUAGUCAAAACUCUGUAGUUGAGGUAUUGCCAGAGACAGCAGAGCCCGUUUUAGAACCCAUUUCAACAGAAAUCCAGUCUGAGGAACUUGUCAAGAUUACAGAUUCAACAGAAACUGUAUCAGUGACGAGUAUUGCCUCUGCGGAGAUCAUUCCCGAGCCCCUUAAAGAGUCUAUCCAACCAGAAGACGUUAAAAUUACAGAAGCUACUCAAGAGAUACUGGUCCCUGAAGUCAGCAAGCCCCUGUCCCCUGCAGAAUUGAGUCCCGAAGAGCAGCAGCUGUUCGAGGACAUUCAGAAGAAGCUCUCUAAGAAAGACAAGAAGAAACGUCCGGCUAUACCCGAAGAAUUCAUUAAGCAAGAGACAGUUCAGAUUACUGUAGAAGAAAGCAAAGGUAAUGAUAUCAUUGAUGAGAAACAGGUCAUAACCGAAGUCGUCCCCUCAGUCCUCUCGGCUGAACCCGAGCAGUUGGUACCCAAUAUUUCUCAAGAUGAGGCUUUGAUAUCCAGCGUUAAGCUGAUCGAGCAGACUAAAGCAGAUAUUAUUUAUCGUGAAACUAUUGAGGUUACGCCAGUCCCUGAAAUUGCCCCCAUUCCAAGUCCAAGUCAAGAAGAAGUUCUAGUAGAUACUCAGUUAAGCCCCAGCCCAGCUCCUACUAAAACCGCUAAUCAAACUGUUCCUGCCCUAUCGAGCGCCCUAAUUGCUGAGCCAUUUGUAGCUAACACGGCGGCAUUUGACCAAGAUCUCGACGAUCUGCUACAAUCGCUGUCAAGUGUCGAGGAUGGCAUCGCAAACAUGAGCCAGAGCAGCCUGGAAGGCAUGCUACAGGGACUAAAGCUAAUCCAAAAGAAUCUGGAAGUACACGAAAGGAGCGCCCGCCAGCUCAAAGACCAGGCCAAGAAGUUGCCCACAGAUCCUGGAACUGAACGCAUACUGAACGAAGUCGUAGAUCGCGUUGAUUUACUACUACGUCGUACCCAACAAGGCAUCACCAUGAUAGCCAAUGCUAUGCAUGGGCAGAAGAAGCGGCAGCAGGACAUCGAUCAGUACCAGCAGCAUUUGCUGGAGCUAGAGCAAUGGAUCAACGAGGUAACCGCUGAAUUGGCAUCCUUUGAGACCACACCGGACAGCAGCACCGAUGAGCAGGUGCUCAAGUCGCAGGUAGAACGCAGCCAGCAAUUGUUGCGCACUCUCAAGGAACGCCAGCAGUCCAUGGACGAUCUGUUGGAACAGACGCGACAGCUGCAGUCGCAGGCCGAUGUGGCCCCCCUGGCCGAUACUUUAAUGGAGCAACUGCAGAGCAUUCUAAUCAUUCUACGCGAACAGAUCACAGUGGCCACCACAAGGAUUUUCACCAUCGAGAAGCGCAUUGUGGACCUGCGUAAGGCCAAGAGCGACGAGGCCCAGCGACAGCGAGUGCAGGCCGAUGCCAUGAUACAGCCCCCGACCCAGAUUGAGGCACACGAAUCAAUAGAAUCCAAUGAGAACACAAUUGAUUCGACGUCAAUGCCCGAAGAGGAGGUCAAACCGAAUGGUGGGGUAUAUGUGGAGACGCAAACAUCAUUUAGCCUGCAGCAGCCGCUGGCACCUAUCCAGGUGGCAACCAGCACUGUGGAGGCGCAGACCAGCUUCAAGGAGGAGCCCUUGGCAGUGGAAACCGCUGAGGUUGCCCAGCAAACGCAAAAGGAACGUACACCCACCGAGAACAUAAUGGUGACGCAAACGAUUCAGGAUGGCCAGGCAACCAUACAGAUUGACACGACCCUGAAUAAGGAUAUACCCGACAGUCCCGAAGAUGUGCAGAUUGAGGCCCGCUACCAUCAGCGACCCCAGGGCGAUGUGGAACGUGCCACCGAGCUGAUCCUGAAGAAUGUCCCACAGGCAUUUGAGACCACAUUCGUGGAGCCAGAUGAGACCACCACAGAGGUGAUUGUGGGACCCGAUGGCACCAAGCAUAUCGUUUUGAAGAAGGUCACGCGUACGCGCCAGCAGAUUGUACAGCAGCAGCAGAUCAGCUCGAUCGAGACUGUAAGCGACUCGGAUGGCAACAUUGAAGUGCAUUCGACGGGACAGAUCAAUCUGGAGAAUGUGCAGACGACAGACACCAGUGCGGAUCCACAGGAGGGAAGCUACCGCACCGUUGUCACGCAGCAAACGCGUGGCGCCGUUGUAGAUGCCUCCCAACCCGAGGCGGUAACUGUUCAGGAAUUUGAAACAGAACCAACCAUUGAGACGUACGAAGAGAUUGUGGGUGGUCCUGGAUCAGAAGGACACUUGGCGGACAUUGGCGGUAGCAGUACCAUUCGUGCUGUUGUGCAGCAGGUGACCCGCAAGGUGAUCCGCAAGACGCGCAAGAUAAUCAAGCGAGUGGUGAUCAUCGAUGGAAAGGAGCAUAUCACCGAGGAGGUGAUUGAGGAGCCCGAGGAGAUUGAGAUUACCGAAGAGGAGUCGGCGCCUCACAUCAAUGUGAAUAUUGUGCGUACAAUCAAUGGGAAAACGGUCACCGAAGAGGAGUUCCAAAGGAUGUUGCAAGAGCCGGGCGUGAUCAUUGAAGAAGUUGCUGCAGAAUCGCCGCAACAGGUAUUUGAUAUUGAGUCUACCCACGUCACCUCCACCACAGAAACAAUAACCACACCACAAGAACAAGUACAACUACAGAUACCGCAAGAAUCAGAACAGAUACAACAGCCAGAACAACAGACACCACCUACAGAAACAAAGAUCAAAGAACUAGCACCAGUAGAGUUGCCAGCACCUUCUCAAGUAGAUGUUGCAGAACCAGUAGAUGUUGCCAGUACUACUACUACAUCCAUGAGUAUCGUUAAUGUUGCAGCAGCAGAUGUAACUACAACAGAAACAUCAGCCAAUCUACCAGAUAUCGUAGAUGUAACCACAGAGAUCACAUCAUCUCAGCCUGUGGUGGAAAAUAUCCAUGAAAUUUGGCCAUUGGAACAUCAUUUGAACGCCACCAACAUUGACUUUUCACAUCACCAUGAGCCACUAGCACCGGUAGAAGCGACAAUCACUUCAGAAAUCAGAGAAGAAUCCAUGCCUGUGGAAACCAUUUGGCCCACUAGUCCAGAGACAGGCAACUCUUUAACUCUGGAAAACUACGAAUUCGAGCCACAAUCACCCACAGAAAAGAAAGAACUUGAGACUGAGACAAAGCCUGAAACAGAACCAGAGACUAAACCAGAGCCAGAGCCCAAGACCUCUGCCAGUAUUGAAAUAAUUAAGACCAUCGAAACAGUGACCAUAGCAGGAGAGCAGCCAAAGGAAUCGCCUGUGGAUGUGGUGCCUGAACCGCAGACAGAAGUUCCGAAGUCAAAGACUGACAUUGAGAGUUUCCUGGAAGCUGAGAAGAUUUUGGCCGGAGCCUUGAAGGAACAGCAAACCGUACCUAAAGUAGAAGAAGCAUCAACCAUUCAAGUUGAGACAGUUGUUCCUGCAGAAGCAAUCAUCCAAUUGCCUGAAAAGGAACCCUCCGCAGCAGUAGAAACAGCUGUAGAACCUACCGCAGAAGUCCCAGAAGUUACGCAAGUUUCUAUACUCGAGCCCCAACAGCAGCCAGCGGAAGUGGUAAGCGUGGCAAUAACUCUCCAAGAGCCAGCACCAGCUAAGCCAACGGGCGAUACCCCGGAAAAGGAGGUAGCACCAGGACAGACGGACCUACGUGUGGCUACACAACUGUUCAUCUCUGGCGAGGCAGCAGCUUCUACGGCCCCACAAAAGUCCUACCAGAUUACAGCGCCAUCCAUCGACGAUAAUGGUGAUGGUGUGCUCAAGGUUGUGAUGGGCAAGGAGCCGAAGGGCACCGAAGAUGAGCCAGGACAGACCGCCACGAAGGUGAGCAUGACCAUCAUUGAGACGGCAGCUGCAGCUGCAGCAGCUCCUGCUGCCGAUGCCAAGCGGCGUCGAAAGAAAAAGAAGAGAAGAGACACAAAGCAGGAGGAGGAUCAGCCUGAACAAGAAGCAGAAACCGAACCAGAGCCAGUGUCCGUCACAAAGGAGAACUCUGAAGUGGCUCUGAUUUCCCCAGAAGAUUCACCCCGCGAAGACAAGGACAAAGUGCGCCACGAAUCGAUUGUGGAGAUCAGUGCAGAUAGCGAUCUGUCCAGCAUGGACAUUGACACAGCCCAUGACUCGGUGAAGAUUGUGGAAGAUGCAGUCGUCUCCCCGCCCUCAGAGUCCCCACGUGCGCCCAUCGUAGAGCUGGUAAUACCCACAGAAGUGGUCGAACUUUCACUAGUCGAGGAUGAGGAACAGCAGACAACACCACGUGCCUCAACGCCUGUAGAAGCCGCGAAGAUUGAGCAGGACAUCAAGUCCGUGCAGACAUCGCCACAGCAUCAACCGAAACUGGAUGAGAUGUCAGUGCAGACGAGUCUGGAGAUCCAACCCGAGAACCAGGAGACGGAAUCGCAAACCCUGAUCAUUGAGAUUGCCGAGACUGAGGCACAGACAACACCACGCGACGAUGAACGUGUUGUUGAGGUAUCCACCGCUGAAAUGCAAACGGAUGUCAGUGGCCAGCCGGCGGAUACAGUGGAGAUCUCCAGUCAAACCACUGUGACCACAACCAUUGAAAAGGAACUGCAGACAACGCCCAGGGAAUCACCGCGUCAGCGAGAGCCAGGCAGUGACGAUGUGGUACCUUCACUUGUCCAAGAUUUGGUCAAGGAGAUGACCAUCGAUCUGCCAGUGCCCACCACAGAGCAGUCAACGUUCACUGAAACCACAACGACCACGGAGAUGCAUGUCCAGACCACCACACCCGAACCCACAGAAGUGGUGGUGGCUGAAACUGUUAAGCCAGAGACAGCGCACGAGGCAACCUCAACGCUGGAACUUGUGCAGGUAGCCGAUGGUGAGGCCCAGACGACAACACCUCGAGAGGUGGAACAUCAGCAACAACCCAUUUCAUUGGAUGACUCCAACUCCAUUUCCAUUUCGGAACCGUACGAACUGGAGGUGAAGACCACGGUGGCGAUACCAGCAGACUCGGAUGCCGGCUCUCUGGCCGAGCCAACGGUCUACGAGUAUACGCAGACCAUGGAGCUGCCCAAACCAGAGAAGCGCUCCAAGAAGGAUAAGAAAAAGAAGCAAAAGAAGGAACAGGAGCAGCAGCAGCCGCAGCAACAGCAACAGCAGCCGCCAGAGGAGCCACAAAUCAGUGUGACUGUGGAAAUAGCACCCGAACUGCUGUCCGAGUCGGGGAUUGUGGUGUCCACCAAUCAGCAGAUCGAAGAGGUGCCACACGUCGCACCGGAAGAAGUGGAGCCAGUGGAGUUAGGGGAGCCAGCGAAGCCACCGCAAAGAGUUCAGCUGCAGAUCACCACAACGCGGGUGUACGAUGAGUAUCCCGAUCUGCCAGUGCACAUAAUCGAACAGAACAAGAUGAGCAUUGCAGAGCAGAGCAGCCGAACGACCGGACGCGAGCGCAGUGGUGCGGGACCCACGUCAUCGGUGACCAUCGAAGAGGUAUCCUCGCCCACAGAAGAACUGGUGGUGGUGCCCAUCACCCCUGGGCCCGAUAACCUCAACGAGCAGCAGAGCAGCAUUUGGUUCCAGACAAAGACGCCUUCCCAGGAUCUUUCCCAGGCCCUGAUCAUGAGCGAGAGCCUUCAGCAUUAUCCUGGACAACCGAAACAGAAGGCCAACAUCUUGGUGGAGACCAAGGAGGCUAUUGGGGAUCGCAUUAAGCACUUGAAACAGGCGGUACCACAACAACAGCCGACGACAACGACGCCCCUGAGCAAUGUUCUCCACUUGGCCACUCUUUCGGAGCAGAUCAUGGACCUGCCCACGGAGCAGCGUCUUCAGGAGGUUAACGAAGGUCUGCAGAAUCUAGAUGCGGCUCUGAACAGCGGCGACAAGACGGUCAUACAGACGACAGUCAUCACGGUCAUUGAGAAGGUCUCGACGUGGCUGGAGACCAUCGAGUAUCGCGUGUAUCUCAUCCGACAGAACUCCAACGAGGGACCCUCUGAGGAGAAGCUGGACAACUACAACCAGCUGAACGAGGAGCUGCACACGAUCAAGCAGAAUGUAAACCAACUCGAGAGGCAGCUGUCGAAGACAGAGGAGCCCGAGCUGCAUCAGUGUGUGGACACGCUCAAGGAGCAUGUCGAAGCCGUGGAGCAGGUGACACAGCAGAAUCAGGCACAGGACAGCAACGAUCUGGACAAGUGGCACAGCUUUGAGGUGCUGCUGAAUGACGUGUCCACAGUCCUAGUGCAGCUGCAGCAGCGAUACGACAUGGUCACCAAUCAGGAGUAUCCGCUGUCUGCCAAACUCUCGCACUUGGACGAGCUGGAGCAGGAGCAUGAGCAGGCCCAGCAGCAGCUGGGACAUCUCCUGCAGAAUGCACGAGCCUUCCAGCGCGACUUCCCAGGCAAGAAGAUGCCACAGGAUGUACACAAUGCCUUCGAGACGAGCAAGAACAUUGGCAACAACAUCCAGGCCGAACGAGAGCGUCUCCUCCAACUGCAAUCCUUGGCAGAGGAGUACGAACAGACCCUCAAGGAGUUCACCAACAUCACGGUGCUUGCCGACAAACUUGUGGAGUGUCCCAUUGUGUCCAGUUCUUUGCAGCAGCUGAACAACGAAGUGCAGAAACAGCGCAAGUUCUUUGUGAACCUCAGCCACUGCCGCGCCAUGCUUGAUUCCCUCGAGGAGAACAUUGACACGGAGACCCGGGAGAAGCAUUCGGACCUGCACAAGGAGCUGUACAACCGAGCCACUCAGCUGCUGGACAAGGCCUCCGAACGAUCUUCGAAGCUGGUGCAGGCUGCCUCCCGUUGGACCGUCCUGGAGAAGGGAAUGCGCGACGAGUUGCAGUGGCUGCAGGUGGCCCAGCAGCGUGUGCCCGAUCUGUCGGCGGUGACAUCGGCGGAUUACGACCAGUACACGACGCUCUACCAGUCCCUGAGCAACGACAUCUCCCAUCAUUAUGUUAAGAUGACCCAGCUCUCGGGGAUAGCCAACAAACUGCAGCAACUGGUGCAGGCGCCCAAUCUGGUCGAGGAAACCAACGAGGCGCUGAUUGUGCUGCUGAAGCUGCGCGAAGAGGUGGCCCUGUACCUGCACCGCCUACUGGUCUUCAAGGAGAUCUGGGUGCAGUACGAGCAGCAGACCGACAAGCUGGAGGCCUUCGUGCGCGAGGCGGAGCAGGAGCUGCGUCACAUUCAGAUACCGGCACAGCCCACGCAGCAGCCCAUCGAGCAUAUGCGUCAGUUCUGGGAGAUCAAGGCCCGGUUCGAGCUGCACAACAACGUACGCAACGAUGCCGGCCAUAGCUUUGAGAAAGCUCUGCAGGUUAUUCCGCUUGCGGAUGAGAUGCUGCAGCGGCAGUUCCAUGCCCAGCUGGAGGACCGCUGGCAUGCCGUGGCCCAGGCCAUCGAACAGAUCCAACACAAUAUUGUCGAGUGCCUGUCCUCAGAGGAUAUGCCAGCGGCGGAAAAACUGAAGCUGGUGGAGCGUGAGCUGCAGGAGAUCUACCUGACGAUGACCAGCAUGAAGGGCGUGAUCAAGAACGAGGAGGAGCUCUGUCUCUACAUCGAACGCGUUCAAGUGCUGCGCACACGCGUCGGCUUCAUUGGCAACGAACUGGGUCGCAUUGGACUCCAAGAGCCGGCGGCCAUCGAACCCGAAAAGAUCGGCGAGCUGUUUGCCCUGUCGCACAAGAUAACCACACAGAUAGCCGAGGAGUUGGAGGGUGCCUCCGUGCUGCGCGAUCAGCUGCAGGCCAUCCAGGAGGGGAUCAGCAACCAGCGCAAGCAUCAGGCCAAGAUCUCUGUCAUUUUGGAUGAAUGCGAGGCGGCCGAGCGCCAGGGAGCUGAUGUCCUCGAGAAGGCCGUCACCGACUGUCAGAAUGUGGGCGAGGACCUCGUCUCCAGCUGGCAGGAGAUCAUGCGCAUCCGCCAGAUGCUCCACACCCUGCCCAUGCGCCUCAAGAUGUCCGUGUCGCCGGUGAAGCUCGAGCGGGACAUUUCCCAACUCCAAGACGAUCAGACCUUCCUUGAGAGCAAGUGCACCAACAUUAUGGCCAUUCUACGUAAUCGCCUGGCCAUGUGGCUACGCUACGAACGUCAGUUGGAGCUGGUCCAUGGCUCAGUGCAGGAGACGGACUUUAUGAUGGAACUCAUUCGAGUGCACGGACAAGUGGACUAUGAGCGACUAAGGAAAGCCACCGAAAGAUUAGAGGGUCUGGCCGGCGAUCUACACAACCGCGAAGAACUGAUCGAUGAGCUUAAGGGCGCCGCCAAGCCCCUGAUCGAGAGCUGUGAUGUGCAAAUUGUCGAACAGAUCGAAUCGGCUGUACAGGAUGCGGUAGUGGCCUGGAAUGACACCACCGAGAAUCUGCAGCAGCUCUGCACACGCUACCAGCGAGCCGUCGAACUCUGGGAUAAAUAUCGCAACGCCUCGGCGGCCGUUCAGAGUUCCAUUGACCAGCAAAUGGAUACGGUCAAGUCCUUGGAGCAGCCCUUGGACGCCCUACAACAUGCCAAGGCCUGCCAAGAUAAUCUGACCACACAAAAUGAUAGAAUCUUGGAACUGCGUGACAUUGUGGCCAAGAUAGCCGCCGAUGUGGGUCUGGAUGCCUCAGCCCUGAUGCAGGGCGAACUGGAUGCUUUGGGUCAACGUUUGGCCGAAUGCAAAGAUGCCAUCACCACACUCGCCAAUGUGGCCGAAACGCAAGACAAAGAGCGCAAAGAACUGGACAAGGAGGUGACACAAGCCAAGGUUUACUUCAACAACGUGCAGCAGGACAUAUCACGUGAUGCACCGCAAACGCCCAGGGAAAGCGAGGAGCAGCUGGCCGCCCUGCGUGCCCAUCUACAGACGCUGGCCCGCACGGAGGAGCAGCUGCGGCAGCUGCGUGAACGCCAUCAGCAAAGCAAUGAAGUGGCGCCCGCAACUGGUGCCGAUGAUGGGAUACUGGAGGUGCUGGCCCUGUGGCAGAAGAUAUUCCAGGACACGUUCCAGGAGUACCAUCGCCUGUCGACGCGGCUGGCCCGCAGCCAGAACAGCUCGGAGGCACUGCGCCUGUGGCGUCAGUAUCUGCAGCAUGUCCAGUCCUUCCUCUCCUGUGCCAUACCCGAGGACUACAGCAGUCUGCGAGAGCAGCAGCAGCUGUGCGCCAUCCACCAGAACCUGCUCAUCUCGCAGCAGAGCGUGCUCGCGGAGACGCCACUCGAGUCGGAGCUCUCCGAGCAAUACAAGGCGCUGACCAAUCUGCACAACGAAACGCUGUCGCGGAUCAUGCAACGCAACGGGGAACUGGAGCGUCGUGUGAGCGGCUGGAACGCCUACCGCCAGCAGCUGGCGGCCCUGCUCGACUGGCUGCGACAGCGCGAGGCGGAGCGCAACAAUCUCCAGCUGCGCUACAUCCACCUCAAGCGGGUGCCGCACCUCAAGAGCCGCCUGGACGGUCUGCUCCAGCAGCUGGACCAGGGCGAGCAGCAGAGCAAGUCCCUGCAGGAGCAGCAGCAACAGCUGUCCCGUCACUGCGACGAGGCCCUGGCCACAGCCAUGCGCAUGGAGCAGGCUAGCAUCGGGCAGCGGAUUAACAAUCUGCGUGCCGCCCUCGAGACAUGGCAGGGAUUCCUGCACCGCAUCAGCCAGCUCUCGGAGACCUACGAGCAGCGUGUCCUGCAGCUCCAAAAAGAGUUUGGAGCAGCCCAGAAACUGCUGGACAGCAGCAGCGAACCACUGCCCACCCAGCCGGCGGCCAUUGAACAGCUGCUGCAAGCCCUGCGCGCACAGCGUGUCCAGUUGGGAGCACAGGUUCCGGCGCUGGAGAGCCUGAUGGUCACCCAGGAGGAGCUAAAGGAGUGCGUGAGCCCGCACGACAUGAAGACGAUCCGUCAGCGCAACUGGCUGUUGUGGCAACAACACGCGGACCUCGACUACCAGCUGGCGAGCCUCAUCAACAGCAUCGACGAGCGCCUGUCCCUGCAAUCCAACUACCAGAUUCGCUACGGACGCAUCUCCCAGUGGCUGCAGCGUCUCGAGCAGCGCGUCGAGCGCGAUGCCGAUGUCUCUGCCAUGGCCAACCCAGAGCAGGCAGCCAAGCAGCUGGAGCAGCAAGUCAACGCAGAGCUGCAGCUGCGCGACAAGGAGCGCGAAUGGCUGCUGUCCACCAGUCGGGAGCUGCUCACGCUGUACGCCGAGGAGCCUGAGGUUCGGGCUCAGGUACAGCAGCAGAGCGAUUCCCUCAUCGAUCGCUGGCAACGACUCAAGUACCUGUGCAAGCAGCGAGCCACGAAGAUCGGGGAGCUUAAGAUGACGCUGCUGCGACUGGAGGAGAGGAUAGCCCUCAUCCGUGCCUGGCUUUUCGAAGUGGAGUCGCAGCUGGACAAACCCCUCAGCUUCGAGAGCUACACCCCGAACGUGAUCGAGGCCAAGCUGAAGGAGCACGAGCAAAUCCAGCGAUCCAUCGAGCACCACAGCAGCAAUGUCGGCGAGGUCCUGAAUCUCGUCGAGAUGCUGUUGAACGAUGCUGACAGCUGGCGCACUCAGGUGAACACCUCCGGCCUGGCCUCCUCCGCCCAGAAUCUGGAGCUGCGCUGGAAGAACGUGUGCAGCCAGUCCGCGGAGCGUAAGCAGCGCAUCCUCAGCAUCUGGAAUCUCCUGCAGAGUCUGAUCAAACAGACAGCCGAGCACAAGAACUGGCUGGGCAAGCAGGAGACCCAGCUGGCGGGCUACGAACGUGACCACAAGUCCAGCGGCAAGCAGAAGCUGGAGGAGCGCCAGAAGGAGCUACGCUCCAAGCUCGAUGAACUCGACAGCCAGUCGGUGAAUCUGCGGCAUCUGGAGCAGACCUACGCCAAGCUGACGAUGGGCACUGGUGUGGAGCCCGAGAACAUACAGAAACUCACGCUCCCCACCAAGGUGAUGCUGAGCAAGUGGCGCCAACUGACGCCCCGGUGUCAUGCCCUGCUCGAUGCCAUCGACAAGGAUGCAAAGGUGCUGCGAGAAUUCCAUACCGCCCAGCAGGAGGCCACUCAAUCCCUGACGGCCAUUCAGAAGGCCCUAGAGCAACUGCCCAGCGCAACAGCCGAGGAUCAACAGAACGGCAGGGCAGAGCCCAAGGCGGUGCUGCAGCGUUUGGAGAGCCUGGAGCGCAAGCUACAAGAUGCCCAAAAGCAUGUCCAGCAAGCGGAUGCCUUGGCACAAGAGGCCAAAUCACGACCCAAGCAGCAGCAGCCGCAACUGAAGCAGAUGCUCGAACUGAUGACAGUCUACACCACACUCUGGCAGACGGUUCAGACGCGGAUCGUCACCCUGAAGACCAGUUGGCUGGCCAGAGCGGCACAAAGUGCUGCCGGAGCAGUCAACGAGGCGGCCAAUGCAGCCGUUCAGGUGAACACGCUGUCGCAACGGAAGAUACGCCAGGCCCAGCAGAUGCAUCGCGAGACCUCCAUCACUGCCAAGGAUGCGUACAUCAUGGAGCUGCAGACGGCCAUUGCCGAGUGCCAGAACAAUCUGGACGAGCUGCAGCGCACGAUUGUGGACAAGACGCGCAAGCCGGGACCCCAGAAAAUAGCCAAGCUGCUGGGCAAUGCCCAGUCCUCCACGGAACUAGUCAAGCAUCUCAGCAAUCUGCUCCUAACCGAAUGCCAGGCCGACAACCAGGCCGCCCAGUCGGAAACUGUCUCAGAGCUCACGUUGCGCUUUGACACACUGCAAUCGCAGUGGAAGGCGCGACAGCAGCACGAUCAAAAUGCAAGGUGCCUACUACCUGCGUCCUACAAGUACAACUGCAUACACGAGGUCGGCCGUCUAACGUGUCCGCUCUGCACGCAACGCAACUGGCAGCAGAUCGACAACGAUCUGUGGCGCCUGGAGCAGUGGCUGCAGUUCGCCGAGAGCACCCAAAAGGCUCAAUCGACCCCACCGUCCAACAUUGAACUGCUGGAGGAUGUGACACAGGAUCAUCGCGAGUUCCUGCUGGAUCUGGAGAGUCACAAGUCGAUCAUCUCGUCGCUGAAUGUGGUCGGUGAUCAUCUGGCCACCCAUACCCUGGACACUGAGAAGGCCCGCCAGCUACGCUCGCGCCUCGAGGCGGAUAACGAGCGCUGGAACAAUGUCUGCAUCAAUGCCACCAAAUGGCAGGCUCUUCUCCAGACCGCCCUCAUGGGCAACAGUGAGUUCCAUCAGACCAUCGAUGAGCUGGUCGAUUGGCUGCAGCGAACCGAGCAGAACAUCAAGGCCUCCGAGCCCGUGGAUCUCACCGAGGAGCGUUCUGUCCUUGAAACCAAAUUCAAGAAAUUCAAGGAUCUGCGUGCCGAAUUGGAGCGCUGUGAGCCGCGUGUCGUGAGUCUACAGGAUGCCGCCGAUCAGCUACUGCGCUCUGUCGAAGGCUCUGAGGAACAGUCCCAACAUACCUAUGAAAGAACCCUUUCCAGAUUGACCGAUCUCCGUCUGCGUCUGCAAUCCCUGCGUCGCCUCUCCGGCAUCUACAUCGUCAAGCUGGGCGCAGUGCUCGGCUACGAGGGCGACAAUCUUGGUGUGCCGCUACACAUGUUGUCGAGUGAGCUUUUGGAUAAUACUACAUUAUCAACCUCUUCUAUGCAGGCCGCCGCACCAAACACAGAAAAUGCAAACAACACCGAUGGCGAUGCUGUCGAUGGCGAUGUCAUCAAUACCACGGUUCUGGCACGCGGUGCUCGCUUCCUAGGCCGCGUUGCCCGUGCCUCCCUGCCCAUACAGGCGCUCAUGCUGUUGCUUUUAGGUGUGGCAACUCUGGUGCCCCACGGUGAGGACUAUACGUGCAUGUUCUCCAACACAUUUGCCCGGAGUCUGGAACCUAUGCUGUCGUAUCCCCAUGGACCGCCGCCAACGUAAACCCCUAACUGUCAAACGCAAAUCAAAAAUCGAAACCAAAGCUGUCGAGUUGCAAUUGGAUUAGUGCAAGAAACAAAUUUAACAGACUAACUAACGCCCUUAAUAAUGAAAACAAAUUCAGACUAUAACAUAACGAUGCCUUUUAUAAGAAAUUUCCUGUUUCAAAAUAUUUGGAUUAUGUAAAUUUUACUUUCCAACAGUUAUUGUAUUUAACCGUUUAGUAUGUUUAUAUAGCUAGAGGCAUUGAAUUCAAAUUAAAAUACAAAUCUGUAUCUGUACUGUACAUAAUGAUUAAAUCAAACCUACUCGUAUACCCCCAAAACAAAAACAACCCUAGACUCGACGAGCAUAAAGAAACACAACACAUGAAAGAAUGAUUGAAAGAUAGAAAGAAAGAAACUAUAUUCAAACUAACGACAAAGUAACGAAACACUUUUGUAAAACGAUAUAUACAUUAUACAUACAUAUAUAUUUGCACAGCAAACAAUUUAUAUAUUCAUAUAUAGACAUAUAUAUAUAUGAUCCCAGAACUAUAGAGAACCCAACAUUUUGUAUAUAAAAUACCUAAGCUAAAACGAAAUCAAAAUACGCACACGAAAAUUUUACUCAUAAGUGCACGCUCCCUUCAUUUAAAGAGCAGUUGCAGCAGCCAGCGGCUUGUGAAAACACGGUAUCGCGAAUCUCGUGGAACAUUUUUGCAUUAUCAUGGCCACAAGCCGCUGCUGUUGGCUAUCCAUCGGCUACGAAAGUUAACAAAAUCCCAAGACAAAUCAUGACCCACAUAGACCAAAUGCCUGGGAAAGCUAUUCAAAGACCAAUGCUUGGGAUCAGCUAAGCGUUUUUCUCCCAAAUUACAAGACGCCGCGGCUGACCCUAUACCAUUGGCCUUUGAAUAGACCCUGGCCCACUGACAGUUGUCGUUGCCCAAGGAUACUCUUUACCAAACGGCCAAGCUCUCUCCCACGGCCCUGGUUAGAGGACAACUGAACUGCUUGAAGUGCACCAGCCACAGGAGCACAGUGCAGUUCCAAUCCUUAAACACCAACAAAGCAGCAGCGAAAACUAGAAGACAUUUUCAUGCAUUCCUGAUACUCAUUUCCAAAAUUAAAACCAUAGACAUGACUCCGAUGGUGGUUGCACUUUGAUGGAGAGGAGCGUGCGCAUCACGAGCAUUGAACAAAAACGAAGUAAGUGUCCUAUGCCGGUGCUAAGCCAACCAACAAAUUUUUCUAUAUAAAGAAAAAACUGUAAAAUGCGUAUACAAAAAUUGAAAUUAAAAACUAAAUAAAACAAAA